AUGAAUAAAUUAUUACUUUAAGUCCCAAAAGUUCCCAACUAAUGAGUAAAAGCUAAUCUAAAUGAUUUAUUCAAAUCUGAAUUUCAAAGUAUCAACUAUUAAAACCAGGGAAUUUAUUUGGAAACCACUGUGAUUGAUGUGUAAAACUGAAGUUAUUUUAUUUAAAAAAUGACUUUGAUGCCUUCACUUCAUCAGAAUUGCACAUAUUUUACAGUCAAAUGGUCAAGAUCCCAAUUUGGACUAAAAACUCUUUGGCUCUGCGCUCAGGAUGUGGAGCUGUCGGAUCACUCAGUGAUAAGCCGAGACCUGACAGCUCUCAGGUCUGAUGUGUGUGUCUUUGGAAGCACUCUGCUUUCAUUAAGUCAAAGGUCGACCGAAUUCACCCUGUGAACAGUUAGCAUUCCGAACCUAUGAAUAAUUUAAUGUGGCAGACGUUUUUUUCUUUUGUUAAGUUCAUUCAUAGACGUUCUGCUUUGUGAACCAUUAGUAGAAAAAAAAGUGAGACCAGAUCAUUCAGCAAAAGAUCAAUUAACCAAGGAGUGCAUGAAUGAAUCUUAUUAUCAAAUGACACAUCAAAGGAAACCAAAGACAAUUAUACCGUGUGUAAGAUGGAGAACUCUGAUUUUCUAGAAGUUCAUUAACAAACUUCUUUCUCUGUGACCAGACUUUGAAAUGAUUAAAGACAAAAUCAGAGCUUCGCGCUAACCCAACUUUUCCCUGGUGAUGGAAAAUCCUGCUUUAAACUUGAUGAAUGCAAAGUUAUAUCCGCCGAGCUUAUUGCCAUGGGAACUGAGCUGAAACUGUCUCCAUCUAAGACAGCUGAUAAUUGUCUUCUUCAAAAGACAUCUCGUAGCAUUCACAGCGUUAGGGGGGUGGAACUAAAAGAGAAUUAGAUCAGCAAAUUAGCUUGAAAAUUUCAAUCAUGUUGUACACCUUCAAGAACAAGCACCGAGGCUGAAAUGAGGAGCCACAGCUGUAGAAACAGAGACACAAUCAGACCGACAAAAGAUCUUCUCUUGGCUUGAAAGGGAACAUCUGAAGGUGCGAUCAAAAACCAAAUCCUAUCAGUAAAACAAAGAGAUAAUAAUAAUGACAGGCGAGUCUUUUUAAUUCUGUUGUUUUUGCUUCAAACUAAGCACAAACUGCCAAAAGGUCAACCUCAUUUUCCAAACUUUCUCUUUCUUGAAUCAUCAGCUCGCAUAUUCAGCCCUUCUCCAGAGUAGCACAACUGAAGACGAGUGGAUGGCAGAAAAAGGAGCCACACUGCAAGAAGAGGGGGUGAGAUAUUUUUAAUUCACCUUUUUCUCAGAGCUCAGUGGAUCUACAAUCGUCAAAGCGAAACAGUUUGACUCCUAAGAGUGUUAAGUAGACAAAGACUUCCUUUAAAGUGGCUAUGAAGCAUCUGCAGGAGUUUUUUUAUGUAUAUAUUUAAAUGAUGCUUCCCACAGUGUCAAUCUCUGUCACCGGCUGUCACAUUUCUACUCGUCUCUCACCCGUCUGCACUGUUCCCACUUUGGAACCAUUUUUAGAUCACUGUGGGGCAGUAAACACAGUUUCCAUGGAAACAUCACCCAGACACACAUUGAUAAGCGGAUUGGAGCAGCUGUAUUCCUCAGAUGACGAAUGAAACCUCAAAAGCUAAGAGGGCUUCAGCUGAAGAACGCAAUUAAAUGCUGCCAAUAUAUACAGGAAGAGAGGGAUCCACGCGAGCAGAGGAAUCUGUUUGAUUUCUCAUUAUGAGGCUGAUAACAAAUGACUCUUAUCUGCCCUUUUUUUUUCUAAUCCAAAGCACCCUUCUGCUUUGCUGUGCCUGCCAGCCACCCAGCGGGUCUGCCUCGGUGUCUAAGUGCAGCCGCAAAUGGGCAACAAUUUCCAAUUAGAUUUUGCUUUACAAAUUGAUAUAUUGAUCUGCGUGCAGCUGGCCUCAUCAGUCUGGAGGGAAACAAUCAGGCACAGUUUAAUUCAGGACCAGUCAAUAUACAGAGGAGUGUGAAAAAAGAAGACUCAUUAAGAGGAGAUUCUUUUGAGUUAUAACCCAAACAUUUCAUCUAUUUUUGGAGCAUACAUCAAAGUAUAGACCAUACUUUUUAAAGGCAAUAUGCUCGUUGUAUAUAACAUGACAUAAACAUGCUGGUAUAAAUGUGUAUAAGGAUUGUUUUAACCUUCCUCCUGUGUUAGAGUCUGCACCAACCUGUUUUUGUUUUUAAAUGCUUGAAAGAACCACAUAAAUUAGCUUUUUCACAUCAAGGCUUUUUGACUUUGUCGGGAACCUCUAUUUCAAAAAAAAAAAAAAAAAUUAAAUUGACUAAAUUAUAAAAUGCUCUUACUAAAAUUAUGGCACUUGUUGUAAUAGGGUUGCUGUUGACCCGGUUAGAUUAAUAUCUAAUAAUUAGAAUAAAAACUAAAAGUGCACUGUCAGGCGCCACACCGACAGUCAGAUCCUCUUCCAAUCAUGUAAAAUUUAGGGGAAUCAAAACAACGUCAGGCAUGUCCAGACAUGUGAGAUCAAUUCAGUAGAUGUCUGUAUGAAGGGUAUACUGACAAAGAAAGGCCCAGAGGCCCACAUCAAAACACAUUAUAAUCAAUAUUUUCAUGGAUAAUGAAGCCUAACAAGGUAACCUAGAGAUAAGAACCAAAUUGGAUGAUAGCGAAGUGUUUUUAGUGUAAUGAUUUGAUUUUUUAGUGCAGCUGAUUUAAGACCUAACACAGGAGGAAGGAUAAAUCCUUAUAGAUGUUUUUAUAAAGCUUAACAAAUAAUGCAUUGUAAGAGGUAGGUUCAUAUGACGUGCUACCAAAUUGCGUCAUUAUCAAUUAAAACUCUUCAUGCAAACUGACUAUUCCACAUCGAGUACCCUAAUCAUCUGAAUAGGGGUUACAGUCAGUCUGGAGUCCUCCGGGGUUAUGUGCUGAGAGACUCAGCUGUUCGGAGACAAACUUGAUCCCAGUGUGACUGAUGGUGUUGUGAGAGAAGCUUUGCCUGAGAGCCGUACUGUAUAUCUCCCCUCUGUGCCUGUCCUGAUCCUGAGAGGCCUACGCAGACAGAAGAAGAGAGCAGAGAGCGCUGACCUUAAAAACACUCCUUCUUACUGACUUUGAAAACAGUUGCAUAUGAAUCUGUGUUCUUCAACUCAAGGUGAAUUGGUGUACAAAUGGCCUGUGCCAACACAGUUUUUACUUACCUGAGCCUGUUUUUUUGUUCUAAGAGCUUUGCUAAAACACACACAUAUCUCAGAGGUAUGCAUUUCUCAUUCUGUUGCCGGGCUGAGUGUGGAUCAAUGUGCUUGAGGCUCAGUGAUGAACUCGUUCCCCACUGGCAGUCUGAUGGGUCUGUUUUCUAAUGAAACAGGGCCUCGGGUGGAAAUAAUGACACUCUGCUGGCCUCUGUUAGAGACAAGAGCCCAGAAAUGUACCUCUCUGUUUUACAAUUGGUCCUGGGUGCAAAAAAAAUACAGCAAUAUUUAAUGAUACUCCGGUGCAUUGUAAUGAAAAGCCAUUUCAUGUGGUAAAAAAACGAGACAGGGAGAGAAUCAGACAUUAAUGAGACAAUUAGCCCCUCUGAAAGGUCCUAAUACUCAAUUGUAAGUAAAGACACAUUUGCAACUUGGUAAAAUAAACACUUCACUGAGCUAUUAAAAAACUGAACAUGGUGAUAAAUGCCUGCUAUUAUCAGGUCAGCAAAAGACAAUCUACCUUCACUCAGGAUCUGAAGCCCAAUUUCCCCCCGACCAGAGAGGGCUGCAGGCGAGAAUCAAUGAACAGUGAAAGAAAUAGCAUGUAGAUCAUGUCAAGGCACAUGGCAGCAAACAGAUUGAGUCUUGUCAAAGAAGAAUUGCUUUGUAAUCUAACGGGUUUAUCUAAAUCACACUGACAGGACGGGAGUGAAAGCCUGUUAGUUCUUUCCAGACCAUUUCGCCUUAUUUGCCCUUUCAAAACAAAGACCAAGAAGUGUGACAGCUCCAUGGGAGAGCCAGCAGAUGAGAUCCACUUGGCAAAUGAGUAAUUACUCGAAACAAUGACAAGUAGCUCACAAUCUGUGGUGCGCUAACACAAAGCUUAGAGGACUAAUGGCGUCUCCCAGAGUCUUGUCCCGUUUACUGUAAAACUACACUUAAACAGCACUAUUCAAAGGUUAACCGAAGCUGUGAAUGAAUAAGAUAUAAGACGAAAUGUCUACCUGUAAUCAGUAUCGACAACAGUGAAAUGAGGUUGAGGGCAAGUGGAGGGUAAACAGCCUGCAAACAGACCAUAUGAUGCAUUACUUCAAUAUAAAAGUGGAGUGAUGCAACUAAUCAAUGUGACAUGAUAGGCACUGAGAGAGGUAAUGGUUUCAGUGGUAAUAAAUAUUUACAGAACAUGUACUGAAGGUCAUCUAUCGACUAACUGUUCAAUGUAUUGAUUUGGAGACUUUAUGAACAGUCCAGCAAAGGCCUCACGUACCUCCUUUCUAAACCAAGUAGGAGAAAGUAGACCUUGAUCCAUGCAAAACUCAAGUUCAUUAAACUGCACAUGGUUUCCAUUUGAAAUUGGAAGUUUAUGCUCCAACACAAACAUCAAAUUCCGUCAAAACCAUAAAUUCACUAGAAUUUGAGUGAUUAUUGUGUAGUUAAUGGUAGCGGUGUUAAUGAGAGAGGUACCUAACUGCUAUGGGCGUUCCUGUGAACAAUGUUCUUAUGGUAGUAAGUGUUAUAAUCUCAAAAUAUUCAUUUUUUUCUAGUUUGAAUCUAAGCUGGAGUCCUUCGUACGUGAACUUUUACAGUUUGAUUGGUAACUGCAAACAGGGGCGCUGCACAAAAAUAUCAGUCCCCAUAGAAGGGUAUUCUCAAUGGGCCCCUGUCUGUAUUGACAGCCAUUCAUUAUCUUAUCAUUGUGGGUCUUUGUUACAUGAGGGCCCAUUUUCUACUGGUUGUUUGUCCCUGCAUUAGCACUGGAACGCCCCCAGUAAAAUAAGAUAUAUGUUCACCCCGACCAUAAACAGAACAAUGAAACAGAUAAUGAAUGGGGGGUUGAACAUAUAUUUUAUUUUACUGUUGGAUUUAUUAAGAGUUCAAAAAGAACUGAGAUGUAAAGCCAGUGCACACACACACAUGCACGCACACACACUGGCCCGAACACUUCCAUUAGAGACUCCGGAGAGUGAAGAGGAGAGCAGCUGCUUGGAGUUGAUACCAUUCAAACAACAUGCGUCUCCUGUCAUACAGUGAGAUGAUAAUUUCCCUCAGGUACACUUACUACUUCUUAAUCUGUCAAGUAACACACGAGGAAUCCUCUGGAGAAAUUUGAAUUUCUGCAUUUGUGAAAUGCAGAAAAAAUCACUUUAAUGACAUUUUAAUUGAAAAAGCCACCUAAUCCGUAAACAGAGUGUCAGUAUAGGCAGUGUGAGUCAUUUACAUGUAGAGCCAUCUACUUCUAUCAAGGCUGAUGGAAAUCCACCAAAGACAGUCAGUGAGUGUGGGCUGAACACAGAUAAAUGAUUUCUGUCUCACUGAGCUUUCUUAUUUAUUCCAGAGCUAAAGUGUCUGUCUGCCUACCUUGGUCUAGAGGUUUAGCAGGUUUUACUAUUAUUUUCUCCAGUGAACUGUAAUGUAUCGGACUAACAAUAAAUUCUGAGUCACUGUGUUUUAAUAAAAUGUUGGCACACAAGUGCAGAAAACAGAGUCCUUAGUUUAAGUAUGUAAGCAACAACAUGAUAAAAUCAGAGUGUACAGAAUAUAACAUGUAAAUCAGGCAUUUAAAAGUACAUGAUCCACCAAAAAAACCAGCACAAAAAGGUGUUCAUAACAGAACUAUAUAAAGCUGAGCUGAGACGUGAACUUAUGCUCAAAACUAGGUCCAUGCUUUGCCUUAAAAUACUCCAUAUUUAGUGCUUUCUUUAAGAAAUGUCAUUAUUUCACAACUUAAUCCUUAAAAAAACAAGUGAAAUUUUCGAUAGGUAAUAAUACUGAUCAAACAUUAUAGCAAAAAUUCUGAGUAUUCUAAAAUAAACUCAAAACUAUAUUACUGACUUUAUUUGGAGUGAGAUUUGAUGGCCCACUGACACUAAAGUACAGUUGAUAUUAUUCUACUUUAAAGCUCCUUUGAGGAUAUUUUUCAUUGGUAAUGAAACGAACAGUGAUGAAAUAAACAGAUUAACACUGAUGGCAAGAUUAACAAUUUUUAUGGGGGGGGGGGGGGGGGGGUAGGUACACUAAGGAAACAGUCCUAGCUAGAAAGAAAAAUCACUUAGAAAAGACAAGACAAAAGACAUGAUUUUUUUGUGAAUUAACUUGACAACAAUAAAUGGGUUAUUAUUUUGUCCACAGGGGGCGCCAAAUUUAACUCAAAGAGAACGUUCCCCACAGGAGCUUUAAUAUAACAUAUUUUGAAAAAUGCUCCCUUCAUUCUCUUAAAAGCCUCUUACACUGUUACUAAAGCCCACUAUGACCCCUACUGCUAUAACAUGUUUGAAGAUGCUUUCUUGAUAUCGAGAGGUUUUUCCUUUGACCAAAUAGAUCAUAACAAAGAAGUACAAUAAAGUAAAGGAGCUAAUUUACCCAAUGACAUCUGAUCCUAAUUUUCAAUAUCACAGUCAGAGCUAAAGCAGAGGGUUUAUAAAUGAACAGGAACACUCUUUUCAAUAAGGGUACACAUUAUUUUGUGAAUUAAUUCUGAUGUUAAAGUGAUUAAUCACUCACGAUUAAUUUUUGCAUGCCUCCAUGUGCAGUGCAUCAUUAAUUCAUGAUGCUUAUCAUGAACCAAUGAUAAAGUUACAAUAACUUCAGUGUUCAGUCUGCCAUUAGAUAAGGUUUGUAAAUUAAGAGUUAAUUUAGACAGAAUAUUAAAUAAUAUGUGGCCAAAUUGGCUGGGUAUAUGAGUUUUUUUAAGUACUGUGCAUAUGAUCAGCCCCAAAGAUUAAUAAAAAAAAUAAAUUCAUAUUUCUAAUGACAUAGAAGAGUUAAAAAUGUGUACCCUAGUUAUAAAGUGUUGAACAGUGACUGAAGUUCAGUCUGAGGCAUUGAUCAGAUAAGGUUUCACUGAUAUCAGACUUUGUCAGAAUGAUUUGGCCAAUAUUUGACCUCUUAUAUUAUCUUAAGUUAACUUGAGUUUGACAGGUAGUCAGGUGGUCUCCAGUAUAUCAUGGUGGAAAAAUAGUGAGACAGCUCACAUAAUUUCAGAGAGCCACAAAUGUAGCAUCUUAGUGGAUUUUAUUCGUCACACUGCAAAAACAUCUUCUCUAAACAGGGUUUGUCCCACAUUUACAUUCAUAUAUUUGGAGGGACCAUACUAUAAGCCAGGCUGUUUUAUUAAAACUAAUUUUCUUGAAGAUUUUAUGAUUUCUCUGAUUUGAAAGUCCACUUUAUUAUGAACUGUUGAGCCACCAAGUAACUAUCCAGUAGAUGGCAGCAAAGUAUGGACUACUGUUCAAAGUGUUGCCAUCCUCAACAGCAAAUCUGCAGCUCUCCUGUCCAGCAUAAAUGUGUUCAUACACUCUGUUUAACAUGCGAACAUGAACUUAAAGUAUUUUAUUUGCUGUGAUAGAUUAUUUACUGUAACAUAGUCUCUGCCCACGGUAACUUCUGUGAGCCAACGAAUGAUGGGAGCGGUGGAGGAAUUCAGCUGUAGUUUACACUGGUAUUGGAGAGAUGUUUGCUUGAAAAGCUUAACUAACCCUGAUACAGUUUCAAACCCAGCAUUGCUUCUGACAUAUUUCUGUUAUCCCCUUCAUUACAAAUACAUGAGUAUGAUCCUUAAAGAUGCAUCAUGGUUGAUUGUAUUUAAAGAUAUAUCCUGUGUAUCAGUGCAGAGAGAGAAACAGAGUUGCGGUGACCCAAUUAUCUCUGGAGGCAGAGUCACGGGGGUGUGCAUAGUUGCUCUUUGUUUUUCCAUUCCCAGAGUUAAGUCUGACAGUUGAGUCCUCUAAAUCUGACCACUCCCAACUCUAUUCACUCCUAACACCAGCAGAAUGAAGGACAGGCGAUGCAACACCAUUUAACAAGCUGUUUUUCCUCCUUUCCUCGCUGCAUAUUUAAAGCACUUCUAUCCACAGGGAACAACAAGUUUUGUAACAUCUAUAUUUUUUUUGCACUUGAGGAGAUAACCAGUCUGGAUGCAACUUCCUGUUCAGACCUUAGCUAUGCAUGGAGUCUUUUUUAGUGACACCCCCCUCUGCCUGGAGCCUCAGGGGUUAUAAAUUAUAUGACCUCAGAGCUGCUUCCAUGUACAUCACUCCCCUCGACCUGCUGGAGCCGGUCACCACCACACACUUUUUAGUUGUUAUGACUCACUGACGACAUGUUUUCGUGUUUGUAGAGCCCCCAGCAGAGGCAACAUUACCCAAGACAUGGUUUUUUACUUCACUAAACUUCAUUAGAGUCUAUUAAAAGAAUCAGCAAAGAUGAUACUAUCAGAGAAAAAAAGCACUGGGUAAAAGUUACAGACACAAACAUGCUUUGUCUAUAAGAAGAUGCAUGUGGUUUUGGCUUGAAGGCAGGCUUUGGGUUUAUAGGCAACUAAAAUGGAUUGAAGUAUUUUGAUAGGCCUUUGUGGGUCUUGGUAAACAAUAUAGUUCCUCUGUAGAUGGCAAUGGAAUAUUAUUUUCCAUCUCCUCUCAAAGACUAAACCAGAUGUUGAUUCCUCUCAACCUCAGAUGUUUUUCACCCCUCUUUAAGGCUAAAACACCAAAAUACUGUUUUAAGUACAAAUGUUGAAAGACAGUAAAGGACCACCUUUGUACUUUUUUUUGUACUUUUUAUUCAUGUUUUCUGUAAUUCUCAAAUAACACUGUGUUACAUGGCUAGCUCUGUUGCCUCACAGCAAGAAAGUGCCUGGGCUGAAUCACGGGUGGAGGCUUUUCUGUGUGGAGUUGGCAUCUUUCCCCAUGCAUGCCUGGGUACACUCUGGGUACUCUGGCUUCCCCCAACAGUCCAAAGACAUGUCGGUUGGGUUAAUUGGAGGUUUAUUGGUGACUCUGGUUGUCCGUCUAUGUAUUAGCUCUGUGAUAGACAGGGUGUACCUUGCCCCUCACUCACAGACAGCUGGGAAAUCCUCCAGUCCCCACUAAUACUUGAUGGGAUAAGUGGUACAUGUAAUGGAAGGAAUGGCUAUUGAAUGGAAAGGAACUAAUAACACAGAGAAAAUGGUCUUGUCUGGGUAAAUCUACUUUGCAUUUAACCCCAAAUUUUGGGAACAUUGCUGGCUUUUCUGGAAAAACUAUCCAAUGUAUCCAUAUGUAGAGAGUGCCCACAAGCUUCACCAUAAACACAGAGGCAUAGGAACUCAUCAAACCUUUAUAGUAAACAUCUGCAGCAGCUGAUACUUGCAGAUUCAUUUCCCAACAUCUUACCCAAUGAAAGAGAUGUGGAAAGACUUAAUCAGUUCAAUUAUCUUAAGCAAAAACUCAAUACUCGAUUGCACACCAGCUCGUGUUUCCUAAUGCUUUGUCUUGUUUUGAAACCCUAUUGUUGCCAUUUCAUCGUUACGUUUCGCACAUUUUUUUCCUCGUUAUUUAAAAUGUAGUUUAGGGCAUUUUAAAGAUACUUUGCAGGCAAUACUCUUCCAACCAAGUCCCCUCAAACAGAUGCCAGCUUCACUCUGAGCACUCUUCACACCGCCUCUCAUUUCGAGCCCAUUCACACUGUCUGCCAUUUACUCCGUGGUUUGUAACCAUGGUGGCUGUUGUGUUUAGCACAACCCUUCAGCAGCUUUUCUUGAUUUGCAAUUAGGCACCGCAGGAUUACCUCAAUUUGCCUCUAAUGCCUACCAUCAGCCCUGUUUCUCUGCGCUAAUGCUUAAUGAGAAACAUAAAUGAGGGGAGGAAAAAUUGCUUUCAUAAACGUCUGGCCUUCAACUGCGACUCUAUAUAUCAUCUCUUUGGAAGGAAAGAUGAGAGUAUUACUGGGUCUGAUGCUUUCUCUUUUCAGGUGUUUUAGAUAUUAGUUUAUAGCAAUCAAAUAAUCACUAAAUCAGUGGGCAGACAGCUCCAAAAGAAACAGUCCAAAGCUUGAUUUAACGCUGGACUGCUGCUCUCUUCUUCAGUGUAUUUCCAUCAUGUAAUCUUAACCAUCAUCUUGUUUUUUAAACUUGACAUAACUAACUCAGUUACAUUUCAGUAUUUAGAUUCUUCUUUUACAUGCAACAUUUCCUUUUUCCAAUAGCCAUUGUCUUUGUCCUGAGAACUAUCCUAAAAUGUUUUAACCUGUUUGUAUCCCUAUAUAAAUGAAACAUCCAUAUAAACUGCAUAUUGUGGUAUAAAAAGCGUCUGUCCGAUGUGUUUUGUUUUGCUAUGGUCCACCGUAUUAACAGUUGCAUGCCUGCCUGCUGUCUGCCAGCUGCUGUGCCUGCUGUAACAGCCAACACAGUGCUGGAAUGUUCCCAUGCAGACCCUCUAUUCACACACACACACACACACUGACAUAAAGCUCCUGUGCACACACACAGAGAAAGUCAAAAAGCAAAGCAAAGAGGGGUAGAAGAAGCCUGAAGGAUAGUGUAUGGGAGAUCUGCUCACUUUAUAGAGUUCAUGGUGCAUAGGGAAACAAGCCUUGCAUCAACAAAUGUAAAAAUAAACAUGGAAGACACACCAUGGGGACAUACAGAAAAAAAAAAUCAUCUAAGAAAACAAAAAUGAAAAAUAGAUGUGCAAAGGGACUAGAAAAUGAGACCUAUAAUGUGUACAUUUGAGAAAAAAUGGUAAUAUUGUUUUUGCAGCGCUGAAGUUGACCAUUUAAAUAUUUGCCUUUUGGAGGCUUUUGUGUUUGCCAUGUUGGGCAGAUGCCCUGUUUGGCCAUGAAACAGCCCAUUGAGAGCUGCCACUUGGCCACCAGUGAAAAGACUGGGCUGGAUUAGGGGGGGACUCAGAACUCCUUGGAUACGGGAUGGCGGCACACUGGAUGGCUGGAUGGAUGGGUGGAUGGAUGGAUGGAUGGAUGGCAUUAUUUGUCUGUAAAAGCCUCAGGUUUGUAAAGGACAAAAAUGUCCAACUUUAGAGUCAGACACUUUAAAGCUCUGGUUAGUGUUAGGAACGUUUUGUUUGUGUUGGUUUUGUCCCCCUUGGACAAAAACCACUUGCCUCUUGACUUUUAGUGAUCUUGUCUCGUAAAUAAGUUUCAUUUUCUGACCUUAAUCUCACCCCGCUUUCUUUUAACAGCCUGGUGUAUCGCUCACUGUGAGCAUGCUGUACAAAAAAGUCAAACUAUUAGUGUGCCAAUGCAUGCAACCUUUAACUGUAAAUAUAUUUACAUAAACAUUAGGAUGGUUGGAAGCAGAGACAGAGGAUGUAUGUUUGUCUAAAGUCCGAUUCAACAGACGCGAAAGUAAGACUCACUCAUUAUUCUCUAGACUCAGAGGAGGACAGCAGACUUGAUCUGUCUGGCUUGUCCUUUUUUUUGUAUUCCUUUUCAUCAACGUCAGGACUGCAUCUGUUUCUUAAAUGAAAUCAAACUUACCCUUGGAUUUCUGGGGAGGUUGUUUGGCACUUGUGGCUGUUCUGAAGGCAUUUCAAGAAUCCUUGAAAUCUCUCUUGACAUCCAGAAUAAGAUUUUUCCCAUCUGUUGGACAAUAAAAAAGAUUUGUAACCCAUUUCCCGAGUUGGAACUUAUUGCAAAUUUCCUGGAAGAUGAAACUGGGCUGGUUGUGUGAUCUGAAACUGAUUUAAAGAUGCAUUAAAAGGCUUUCAAUCUGCUUUGUUUUCAAUGUAGAUGUAAUUUGUUUUGUUAUUUCAAGAUUUUACCCAUGAGAACUAGUUAAUUCUCAUACCGUGAUGUGCAAAUUUCUUUCGACAGUUUCAUCCAAGAAUCAGCUGCUGACUUUAUAUGGCUUCAAGUGUACCCAGAGGUUUGACAGGAGGACUUCUCGCCAUGAUUUUUCACACAUGGCCUUUGUUGACAAUCUUACUACCAGGUAAGGAAGUGUUAAGAAUAAGAGGAACUUUAUUGAUCCCUGAAGGGAAAUUCAAUUGUCUGUUGUCUCACAUAAUAUGUCUAUAAAAGUUAUUUAUUAUUUACGUAAGAGUUAUAAAGUCUGAUGGUUGUUGGUACAAAAGAUCUUCUGAAUCUUUCUGUCCUGCAGCGAAGAGAGAGGAGCCGUCCACCACCAUUGGCCCUUUGGUGCAUCAAGGUGUUGUCCAUGUUCUUUUGUCUCCACCUUCCUCAGUGUAGAUCUCUCCACCACAUCCUCCACUGAGUCCAGCUUGAGUCCAACCACAGAGCCAGCCUUUUUCACCAGUUUGUUGAGAUGUCUUGCAUCUUUGUGUUUGAUGCUUCAUCCCCAGCAGACUGCAGCGUAGAACAGAGCACUUGCCACUACAGACUGAUAAAACAUCUGCAGCAUCUUACAACAGAUGUCUGUUGAUCGGAGUCUUCUCAGGCAAAAGAGGCGGCUCUGCCCCUUUCUGUAGAUGUGGUCUAUAUUCUUAGACCAGUCCAACUUAUUAUCCAGAUACCCCUCAAUAUUUAUAUGAUGUCACCACUUCGAUGUCCACUCCACAGGUGUUCACUGGCUGAAGAGGGGGUUUGGAUCUACGGAAGUCUAUGACCAUCUCCUUUGUCUUUGAGGUGUUGAGGAGGAGGCAGUUUUUGUGACUCCAGUCACUGAAGGCUCUUAUCAGAUCUCUGUAUUCAGCUUCUUGUCCAUUUCUGAUUCAUGCCACAAUAGCGGAGUCAUUUGAGUAUUUCUGGAUGUGGCAGGACUCAGGUUAAGUGAAAUCCAAGAGCAUGUUGAUGUUUGUAGGACAGAUCCAGUAAAGCUAAACUGUCAUUAGAGGACCAUUAAUAGGAGGAGAGAUUGUAUUACUAACUCUAAUCUGUCUUUUCACACUCCACACGAACUUUCCUUGUGCAUACAAACAUGGGACUAGCCCCUUUGUGCGUUUUUGGUGUGCAACUGAUCUUUCAACUCUGUCCAUUUGUUCAAACAGGAAUGCAGGACACUCUGCUGGAGUGCCAUUCUAUAAUCCUGUUGUAAUCCCCUAAUUUGAUCAUCUUCUUGGUUAUGUUUAUAGGCUACUAAUCCGGACAUCUCUCUCUCUCAAACUCAAAGGAGGUGACUUGGUACUCACGAAUGUUCUCUACUUCCAGAUAAAGUGAUGCGUUGAGUGACCGGUGAAACUUCCCGUUGACAGUGGGGGAGGACGGGGUUGAGAGAGAGAGAGAGGAGGAGGAGGGGGGGACAGCCCAAUCCAACUCCGUCCUCUCAUCGGUAAUCUCCCUCCGCGGUGACGUCACGAGGGCUGUCUCCAAAGGGACGCGGCGUUUCGUGCGUGAGCAGCCAGGCGGCCAGUGUGCAUCCCAGGACGCAGCAUCAGUGUAGCCGGGGCUCAACUUCCAGCUGAUCGAGCGAACUUCAGAGGCUUUUGGGAAACUUAUAAAAAUGGGUGAGUCCGAUUUCAAACUCCUCCAAUAAACUCUAAAAGACGGAUGUCAGCAUUUUCUCCAUGACAAUUAACAGACUUUGAACACUAGUUAUUGUCGCUCAACUUUGGGGGCGCGCCUGUUGUUUCUUUGUUUUUUGGACGCAAACUUCAUGUAAAGUGAAAUGUAGCUCCUGCUGCAAAAGUAGGGCUGUUUACCUGACCCGGAUCCACGAGAAUCGGUAUUAGAGCAGCCUGCUGAAGAAAGCGAUUAGAGAGAUUAAGUCUAUCAGGAUUCCUGCAGUCACUGUGUGUGAGUGAGCGGAGGUGUUAAGAGGAGAUCAACUAGUGCCUUUCUACUGUCUCAUAUCUCUGUUUCCAGAACUGAAUUCUUGUUAUGAGUGUUUGAUUUCACCCCUAUUGAUCAGUAUUAAUCAGCUGUGAUUGAUCAGGCAGUGAUUGAGUUAUCCUAUAGGUAAAAGGUUGUUUUCCUGGCAGAGUGAGUGACUAAAAGUUACUGGAAUAAACACUAACACGCAGCACAUUGCAUUAGUCAUAUUCUCCAUAUUUGAAGCCCUGCAAGCUGUGAUUCAUGCCAAAGCUUGUAAUUGCUAUGUGAAGGGUUAGAGCUGAGACAGUCCCAUGUUUAAAUCAGUCCCAAGUGUUGGCCAUCUGUGCUCCAAGACCUGGGGGGAUACAUAUGGGGAAGAGAGGCUGCUCAUGCCAUGAAUGUUUUGCAACUUUAAGCCUCUGAGAUGAUGAUAAACUGUAAAGCAGAAAGGAUGAUACACUGCCAGAGUUCACUUUAAACAGAUCUCCUCCUUUUAUGGACUUUUUAUUUGACUUGAAGAGACAAUAGACAUUUCUGUUUAUCUGCUUUUGGGCCGUGUUUCUUAAGUUGUAUUGUUUGCGAUGGUGCAGCUGAGGCCAGGGAGGAACACUGUGUGCGAAUGUGUAUCAAUGCUCAUUAAUUCACUUGCACAGAGGCGUCAUUGUGCUCCUAAUUUGGAGCUGCUCCUUUGUGCGACUUCAGUGGCUCUUAAUGUAGAGAGAGGAGUUCACUGAAUGUAAGUUUCAGAGUGGAUACCCUGUGAACCCACUCCCCACAGACCUUCAUUCACUGCCUCAUAGAGGAUAUUAGUCUACAUUGCAAUUGAACAAGUGCAUUGUCCACUUGCUGAAGCUCUGGUUUAUAAUCAAAGAUCCUCUAUUGCCUUUUUAUGGUCUUUCAGGGCCCUGAUAACUGUCUGUGGUGCUUUGAAAUAUUUCAUGACAAAAAAUGGAUUAACUGUGCGCACAAAGCCAAAAGAAAACAGGAUGUCAUGCAGCUGACUGUGUUCGUUUCUGAAAGUGAAAAAAGAGGUUGUAGAACUUGUAUACGAUCAGAUUUUUCAGUGACCUUAACCUCUGCGGAGAGGCGGCAUAUUUUUCACAGAGAUCCUGCUCUGUUGUGUUGUUGAACGCUUUAACAGCGCACUGGCCUCUGUGACGGAUGUGGGAGGAAAACUUGGCUUGAGCCAAGGCGACAGCAACUCAUUUUCUACAAAUGUCUUACUAGGCUCUUGGUGUUUGUCUUGUAACAAUUACCCAAUUACCCAAGGGCUUUCUUGAUAAGCGAACACAAGGGAGAAAAAAAGCAGUUUUGCUUCUACACAUUCUAAUAUCGAGCCAAACAUCUGAAGGGAAAAUGCUGGCCUUGAGUUCCAGCUGUUUUUUCCUUGCAUUCACUUAGCAAGAAAAGUAUGACAUGCAACAUGCGAAGUGUUAUAAUCUCAUGCAGCUUAUUGCCCUGAAGCAUGUAGGACAAAUCUGUCCAACAUUUGCAAACUUAAUUUUAUCUUUUUUUUUGCUAAAUUCAUCUGCAGUACUUUGAGAAACAUGUGGAAAAACAGUUGAAGAAGCUCCAAGUCUGAUACGAUCUGGAAAAUGGAGCAACUUUUCGAUGUUUUUAUAGACGCAAUUGAAUUAUGUGCUUAGCAUUAUAAAACUAUCCCAUGACAGGAGAUUCAGCUAAUCAGAUGCAGCAAAUUAUGGACACGACUGCGAAACACAGUGUCUGUUGUUCUUCUUCGAGCCAGAUCCUGAUUGCAGCAAAAGAAAGGAAAAAAGAGAGAGGGAGGAAAGAUUUCUUUUCCUUAUGGAAACUCAUGGACCCGGUAGUUGGAGUGUUCAGUAUUCAGUGUGGUGGUCUCGUGGAAAGACCAUCAGGGUUGGAGUCAAACCAGAUCCAAAUGUUACAUCACUGUUUUUGAGCGAUUCUCACAGAAGAGUUAAUCAUGGACGACAGUUGAACAUAUGUCUUUAAUUAAACAUCUUGUUGUUGAAGGAAGGUCGAAUUUUAAAAACCUCUUGAUGGUAUUUAAAGACUUCUUGAUAAACUGAUUGACUCUGUCCCCCUGUGGUCCAAAAGCACACCAGUUGGACUUUGUCCCUCAUAAUGAUUUUUACAUGCAGGCCUGUGAAGUGUCUCCGGGAUGUCGACUGUUUUUCUCACUUCAUUCCUUCUUUAUCUGAACUAGGAUGUCUGAAUAGUGUCCGAUAAUUUCUUUCACACAUCAGCAGGGAUCACCGUGACACACACUCACAUGUGGUGGAGUGUGUGUGCUGUGACCCCACAUCCUGAGUAUGAGGGGAGGAAAGACCCCUGACUGCUAAUGCUGUGCCAGCUGAGGUGUUUUUACACUCGCAAAAUCAACAACUUGUCACAGAAAGUGGGACAUUUGUCCCCGAUUUUCGUUGACUCAUGUCGAUGCUAUCUUCAAGAGAUGAGCAGCAGGUCCUGCGCAUGACUUUAUCCAAGUGGGGAUGAGGAAAACACAGGAAUGUGAGGAUGAGUCACCAAAGGGAUGUUUUGAAGAGACGGAUUUCUGUUGAGUGUUAAUUUGUUUGAAUCAAAGCUUGUUGACACCAUAAAGAUGCUUCCCUUGGAUUCCCCGACUCUUAAAAUAUGGUGUAAUCCAAAUUAAGUCGACGCUAACCUCUGAGAACAGAUCCCACAUUUUUAUGUCGCCAUCAAUAACUCCCAAAUUGCUUUUCGUCUUUGGGUUUGCGAUCAUUAAUUACACAGAAUAUCCCUCUAUAAUGAGGUAGCUGCUGUCAGAGUUACAUGAUUUCUGGGCUUCUUUCCAUUUGGCAAAAGAUAUGACCGAGCAUCUUUUGUGAUUAUGCAGCAUAUGAGGCCCUUAGAGGACUUUUUGCAACUGUGCAGUUUGGAAAAAAUAGACCCCCUUUUGGUCCAAUCAAGACUUCAUUUAUAUCCUGCUUCACUUCCUGCUCCACUUCCUUUUUUCAUUUCUCUGUUCCUCUUACUUUUUCGUCUUCCCUUGUUGUUUUUUUGUCUCCCUGUGGCUCUGCAGGUCCGCCAGAGCUCUCAUGUUAAUUUGUUCAGCUUAAUAACUCAGUCAACAAAGCAGUCCAUUGAGUAUUGUGACUUGAGAUGAUAAGAAUAAAAGUUCCUGAGCGGGGAUGCUUGUUCAAGCAUGCAUCAUGGCCGUCACUUUUUCACUAAAAGCCCAUUCAUAUUCAAACAGAAGGGAUGCAAGUGUGGGUGUUUGUGUGUGCAUGUGUGGUAUGACAUUUAAAUAUCUGAAAAUACCCUGCAUGCAAAAGACCACAGCCUUUUCAGAAUGCACAGGAAGCCUGGUAUGUCAAAGAUACAAUCUGGCCUUUAUCAUAUCUGCAUGACUCCAGAAAAACACCCACCAUUUUCAAGGUUAAACUGCCAAAUUCAUGCAUAAUAAGUGCCACUUUUUCUCAGUUUAUAGUAUGUUGGCAUGUAUGCAUGGAGGGGAUAUUUGCCAUCUGUAACAGUGUUUUGUUCACAGUCAGAUGAUUGUUCCAGAGAGCCUGUGGGAAAUAAAAGCUUGGCGGAAAGCAACAUUCACUCACUCAUUCAACAGGCAUUCGGCCUAUCGGCAGGAUUUUCUGCUAUCUGCUGUAAAUUACUGUAUGACCCUUUUACUAUGGCGCCAAAAACACUGUUCAUGAGUAGGGAAGAUUGAUUAGAUGGUCAAUAUUUCCCAGAGUGACCUAUUUACUCUCCCCAUUCUUUGGUAAGCAAGUAACUAGACCACAGUACAGUCACCAAACAGUUCAGUUGUGCUGCACAAAAUGGUUUCUGUAGCAGGGAGGCCUUCAGUGGUUCAUAUCAACUCUUUGGUGAUGAAUCAGUGCAUCUGGGUGAGGGAGUUAGUGCAUUGGUAAACUGUAUCAAGAGAUGGACAACAUCACAGCUCUCCGAAAGUGAAGCCAAAACAGUUAGCGUUCUCUUUAUUAUCACCAACUUCACCAUUGGCAGGUAAUCCCACUUUAUUUACCUGGGAGGAAAGUAUGGACAAUUAAAUUUCCUUACACAUAGUUUUCUCACUGUAAAUAGUCAAAAUAUAUUUUUUUAAGGUGGUAUAAUGACUUAAAAAAGGCUAACUGAAGUAUGUUCUUCUGUGUGCAAGAAGAGAUGGAAAGAGAAACAAUUAAACAGUCAUUGAAUUCUCAUAGCUGUGAGUAUCUGCUUCAAUGUGAUGGAGGGGGGAAAUGUAACUCAUAUAAUAAAAAAAGUUUCGAGUGCUGAUCCCUCUGAGACUCUGGCUCCUAAUGGGCAAGAUGCCAACACCUGUUGCACUGAUUUCUUCGCCUUACUUUUUUUUUAAUGAAAAGAGUUAAAGAUGAAUCAUCCAUCUUUAAACACAGUCAAUAAUUUAUAACCGGGAUCAUAGACUGAAGCCAGUUUCAGAAGUUUCUGUUAUUGGACUAAAACAUGUCUCUUACUCAAGUUGCACUCCUUGACCUGUUUUCUAUUUUUUCCAAAUUGCCCCACAAGCACAAAUCAUUAGGUUUCUCCAAUUUUAAGUACUUUUUGUCAAAUUUCCCCAAAAUGUACCUUAAGGAUUCAGAAAAAGCUUCUGAAGUCCAUGCCUGUCUGUGUAUACUUUCCAAGACUGUAAACAACCGAGCCAACUUCAUGCAGCUUUUUGGUUUUUAGCAAUCUUUAAAGUUUUUUUGCUAUAAACAGAGAAGAAAAAGUGUCAUGGUUGCAGUUUAUAUGGACACCUGACAAUAGUUUGGACCAGUCAACUAAUGUCCCAGCCUGUUACAUCUGUUGCUUUUCAUGCAUGCCCUACCUUAGCUUCAAACUAAGGUGGGGCCCCUUGAAUUAAACCUAAAGUCUUCGGCUGGAUUAAGUGGUUAAAGGAAAAGCAAAACAUAUGACUUUUCAAUCUCCAAACAUUGUUUUAUGUUUCAGUCCAAAGUUCCUCAAUCUAUAAUCAGAGGCAAUGGGUGUGCCUGCUAAUUAGAAGGGAGCACACAUCUCAAGUGUUCUGUCCAAGUUGAUAUGGGAAUUACGUAGAAGCUUGAUGUGACCACAGCACGGAUGUGAGUGUUGAGGUUCAAAUGAGAAUCAUUAAUAAUGGCACCCCAGCCAAUUUUCCUCUAAGAUCAUGUGUGAGGAGUGAGAGCAGAAUGCAUUAGUCUGCUUUUCAACGGUGGGAGCCUGCAGGAUUGAGCUGUUGGCUGGGUGCCCGCUGAGUGUAUUCAACCCUCCACAGAUAGCUCUUUGUCCCCACAGCUGCUAAACAACCGUAAGACAAAAGCAUCUGGGGUACCCCUGUACACCAGUGAGAAAUGUUCACCAUAUGAAGAGCCCUGCCAGACAGCCUGAGACCAUUUGGACGCAGCCAAAUGCUACACUCAGGAUGAAUUAAGCAGGAGCAUAAAUGAAUAGCCAUAUAUGACUUUUUUUUGCCUUUAAGUUCAUGAUUAUGAGAAAAAUCUAACUUUUUUUUUACUAAAACAAAUCUUGAGAGGACGCACUUCUUCACAGCUUGUUGUUUUUUUCUUAUUCGAGACACUUUAGGAAGUGCACAUGACUCCUCUGUGCUCAUGAUGUCGUGAUGUGGCGCUGCAUGUGACACAGUGGAAUAAGAGCUGGAGGCCACUGGACACAAACACCCUCUCUCUUUUUCUCUCUCGCCAGAGAAUCACUUUCCUGCCUAAGAAAAAGGUUUCCAAGUGAGAGUUUUCAUUGUCUGCUUAUUAUCCUCCAGAGAAAGGCUUUAUCGGCAGGAAGAGGCACUUCUGCCAAGCAGAUGAAAAUCUGCAUAGCUGCACUUUAAUAAAGCGACAGCUGCAGGAAACCCAAUAGCUUAGGGAGGUGUUUUUGGGGGAGGCUGUUUGCUUCACUGACAGACUUAUUGGGACUUUGAGAAGAUGGAUUUAACUUUGACUUAAUUGCUCAAAAAAAAAAAUCUUUCCCUGUGCUGCAUAGCCAUUUGCUUAUUUGGGAUGUCUUUUCCAUUUGCACAUGCUUUUAAGGCCUCUGGGUCAACUUUAGGUACGUUCGCCUCAGAGGAAAGAAGAAAAUACCCGUUUUAGCAGCUUCAGGACAGAGGAAAUCCCAGAUGUUCUGUCAGAAAAACACAUUGACCCCAUCACCACACACAGACUGAAGCAGAGAUCAGUUAACACUGUUGAUAUCGGUGCAACACCACUGAGAGGUCUCACAAGUCAUCUUAGCUUUUGACCUCUGCUCUAUGGGAAAACAAUACUGUAAGGAUAGGGAGACCACAGCUGUAAAUGAAAAAGAAAUGUUGUGAAGGAAUGUACAGAGCAGUGAGUAAAAGCUCCUGGAUUCACAACCUGAUGGAUUUUAUAUUGCGUGUUUGUUGUUUCGUGACAGAACGCUUCUUUCUAUUCAUUAAGACUAGUAAGAGCAACAUGUGUCCACCAAAGGUUUGUUUUUUUGCACCAGCAGUGCCUACGACCUCAUUUACAGAGCAGCUCUCACCUUGUGUUUGCUAUUGCUAGGCUAUGACAGCUGUAUUAUGACUUUUAAUAGUGUUAAGGCCAUUUGUAUGACCUGGCUUUCUCACUUAAAACCAAAGCUGAGUGAAAUACUUGAUACUUUUUUCUAGCUGGUCUCGCCUUGUUGGGGUUCUGGUUUGCAAAACAACCUGUUCACUAUGCAUGAUCCGGUAGUUGAUUUGCUCUGCGUGCUUGAUUUUUGCUUUUAGUGGGAAAAAAAACCCCACAAAGAAAAGGGAAAAAAAUGUAAAGGAAAUAUUCCUGACAUUAGCAGCAGAUCUGGGUCUGGGAAAUGUAAUUUGCAAUAUACAUUUAAUCCAAAAUAGAUAUGCUUCUUCUGAGCCAUCGUUUGUGAUGCUGAGUCAAUAAUUAAGACCUCCCCCCUCUUUACACUCAGUAUGUUUACAUAUCAUCAAAGAAGUUGAUGUAUUGCAUUUGUCUGACUGAAACAGCACUGUUAAGAUACAUGUUAACACCCUUGUCUGAAUGACAGCCCACUAAAUUAAACUUCUCAUCGUCUGACUCACACACCCAGAUAAUGCAGCUGAGGCCAGAGUUCACACGGCAAGCUUUAACCUAGAAGUUGGACAGCGCAAAUGUGUUGAUAGGGAGCCAGGUAGUAAACAAAACCUCAACAGACGCAGGUUUGACUAUUUUUCAAAAGAGACUUCUUAGUUUAAGAUUGAAUAUUAUUUGAUGUUUUGAGGAUAUGAACUAUUGUCAGGGGUUUGUUAUCAGUUUCCAUGCUGGGGUUGAAAGUAGGUGCACUUUCAGUCUUGUGGGACGCGAAGCAGUGGUUGUAUGUGAGUAGAGUAAACAAUUUGCAUCAAGUAUUUCCAUCUAUGCAAACAUCCGCAUCAUUUGAGGGAUGUGUGCACCGGACACAUUCCUGACCGUGUAAAUGUUUAGACACUGAUGAUGAUUAAGUGUCAGCAUCGACCCAAAUGGUGCCAUAAAUGGGCUUCACUUUCCACACUGGAUGCUGCAUAAUGUCCAGGUUGAUGGACAAAAUGUCAUUACAGUGUGUGCCGCUGGAAAUUCGCCCAUCAGUGCUUAAAGCAAUAAAGUAAUGGAUUGACCCACUCUGGCAGAGGUCAGCCAGGGUAGAGUAUACACCGAACGCUAGAGAGAUUAGCGUCUGCUUUUCCCUUUAAGUGAACUGUGUUUGCCACAUAUGGUUAAGCGCUUAGUCUUUGUGUUUUCUUCCUAAAUGUGAGGGAAAACACGUUUCUGCAGGGGAGGAGGUGUCAGGUUCAUGUUCCAUCUGCAGGAUCCCAUGGCUUUGAGACGCAAGAGGAGAAACUCGUAGAACAAUGGCAUUAAAGUGAUCCCCGUCUCCUCUGCUCUGUUGUCAUAGUGCUGUCGAUGAAUCCUGACACGGUGGGGUCUGACUGGCUGGUGUUGAGAGAAGAGGGUUUCUGCUCCUUCUCAUGAGGGGUGAGCCUGGGAGGGGGGGUUGACAGGAUAAAGUCUUUGGGUCAGGGGUUAGAGGUUGGCAGCAUAAGGAGGAGUAGGAGGGGAAGGAGAGGAAAGACAAAAGAAUUGACGGGCGAUGCAGACCCAUCAGCUGGGGGAGACUCGGGAGGGUGGGGGCUGUUCUUCGUGGGAAGCAACCCCAAGAUUAGCUGGAGUGUCUCAUCUGAUGUCUCCAUGUUUUUGUGCUUCAUUAUGUCUGUAUUGUGUGUGUGUUUGAGGGGGGUUACAACAUGCCUACACACAGUGCAACCCUGGCCCCGUGUAGCCAUUUUAGCAGUGAGGGCGUGAGGACACUUGAGUUGUGGCGAUCCAUCUUUAUGUGAUGUUGCGUUCACACCAGACAUGAAUAAUAUCAUGCACUCACUUAAUUCACAUGUAUUGGAGCGCCUAAAUGCUUCCUAUUCAUUUGCUCAACUAGCAAUAGUAACACGCUCCACUUGUGUGCCAGAUCAUGUCUACAGAAAGGCAGAAAAACAUGAAUUAAUGCAAGGGAGAAAGGGGUUUUUCAUGCCAUUUUCAUUUGUAUAUAUCAAAGAUGGUACAUCGCAAGGAACUGGUGGGUUUUUAUCAAGAGAGUCCAUUUUUAUUCCUGUUUCCACGGAAAAAAAAAAACAGAUAUCUGAUGCUCAAAUAUCCUGUUGCUCAAAGCAGCCACACAUCACCAUGAUCAGUCUGUCCUCCAUUUUACAGAUGAAUGAACCUCGCCGGUUUGUGUUGACGCUCACCACUGGGGUAUUUCUAUGCUGAUAUAGUAUCGUGGCACGAGCAGUUGGCCUGAGUUCAGGCAACUUUAAAAAAUAAGUGAAUGAAGUGAGUAGUGCAUGCCCACUUCGGCCGCAUCACUAACAGUCUCAAAAUAAAAUGGACUAAUGCCAUUAUUGGUUCAAGAUCUCCAUGAGGUAGACUUUUAUACCACCACAAUUUAAUGAACUAUUACUUAAUUGAAAUGUUUUUAGGAGCGUCAGAGUGAUAGCUGGAUGUGUGCUCUUUUCAGUUUAAGUGCAUUUAGAAAGAUUAAAUCUGAUUAAAAGAGCAUUUACACUGUAGGAGGUCAUGAUUAUAUUAACUGGAUGAAGUACAAAGAUGUGUUUUACUAUUUUGCUAAUGAUGUGUCACUCAACCACAUGAUUUGUGACUCACAAAUACAUGGGAAACGAUGAGUUGUCUUUGCAGUUCUACUUUGUCAUCUCUCAGUUUGGUUUCUUGUCGGUUUUCAUCACUUUCACCAAAUUUUCAACAAAACCACCACAGGGGAAGUUAGCUGGUGACUAAACAUGAAGUCCCAAAAUAGAUUUCAUUUUCACUUUAGAGUUUCUGGAGACCCAAUCCGAGCCAAAAAGAGACAAGAACUUGGCCUGUAAUAACAAGGAGGAUGAAAAUAAGAUGUUAAUUUUGUAAAAGUGAGUUUGCUCCAUGUUUGUGGAUGUGUAGGAAGAGAACUGUUAGCUUGCAUGCUACUUAUGGUAACUUUAAUGGUGAUACAAAAAUAAUGUAUGUUUAGCUUGUUGCUGAAGAUGCUGCAAAGAUGAUAGUUAUGGCUGAUUGACAGCUAUAAAACUAGUGAAAUAGAGGGAAACAUCAUUUAGCAAAAGGUUUGAGUGACGUCUUGACAAGAUGAACCACAGUGAGAGGUAUGAUUUGCACCAUCCACCACUGCAUUUGUAAUCCAGUAUAUACAAAAAACAACAUAAAACCCAUAGUACAGGUUUUUUAAACAUUAGUUACACGAGGCCCCCUGAUAAAAACUUCCCCUAGCUAAUAACGUCUCCAGAGGCCUGUCCAGCCCAGAUAAACCCUAUAAUUCUAUUUAUUUUGGCUCAUUUUGAAGCAUAAAGGUUUUUAAGCCCACAGGCAACUUUUCAAAGGUAGCUGCAGAUUUCAUUAUCCUCUUCUUGGCAACUCAUCCUCACAGUAUGGAUUGAAAAGACAAGAGGUCAUUAUGUAGCAUUAUUCCAACUGGAUAAUGGAGAGGUGUUUGCUUGCAGUAUUUCUUGGCGUCUUCUUUGGCUCCAUAAUGUUUGAGCGGCAGACCACUAAUACUGCCAAGACUGAUCCAGACCAGAAGCAUCAUUAAAAUAUUUAGAGCACAGUGCAAGAAAAACAAAUAACUACACAAAGACCUUUGCUUUGGUGCUUUUCUCUGAUAUAGCAGAAGUUCAUGGCCUUGUUUCACUUCCUCUUUUUCUGGAACUCUCUGUUCACUCUGCUCCAGGUUUCUGUUUGGCUUUAUUUCCUCUUUCGACUCCAGACUGGAAUUAUGAAAUUGAAAGACUUUUGGUUUUGAUAUCACAUUGUUUUUUGCCCGGCCAAGCCAUGAUGGCAGUUUCCAAGGUGCUGUAAGCGAGGAGGCCUUGAUAAUACAAAGCAUGUGUGGGUCUCACUCUCCCUGCAAACCACACUGGCUGCAGAGGUGCCAGAGAGUCAGGGCUGUCGAGUCAUUUUUGGAGGAACAACACAGCCUGAGUGAGUGUUUCUCCAUUUCAGGCCUGACACGAUCGUAACACUAACAUGCAAUUAGAGAAGUGCUGAAUCAGGUAUCCUGGGUAUUGUUUGGUCCAACACUUGUAAUUAUCCUCAAGAGAAGAUCUCAGUAUGGAAACCAUUCAAUGGUAGACAUACCAACACAUUAUAUAUGGAUCUGCUACAAAUGGCUCAGGUUGAAGAGCAGAGUUGGAAUUCUGCUAUGUGGCUGAACAAAGUAGAAGUAUUCUUCGUGGAAACAAAGUUUGUCCAUGGGAUGAAUUCUUGCACCGCAGAAUAAAACAGCAGUUUGUGUUUUGGUAUUACUUUUGAGGUCUGGUGAUGGCAGGUCCUUUGUUAAAAAGAUCCUUAAAUAGACUUUGAAUCAACUCUCUGUGGGAAAGGAGUGACAAUAGUCCGGCCACAAGUUGGAUUGAGGUACGGUGUUUUCAACAUGUCAUGAGAAGUACGUAAAAUGUUAAGUUUCAAAUGGGAGCCUGUAAGUACUUUAUAAGCAAUAAGAAAGAUGUUCAUUACGCUUUUAUUAACAUACUAAAAAUGUUUGUUAGCACCUUAAAAGACCUUAGAAGUUACCUAUUAACUAUUGAUUAGAACAAACUUGAUAAAAAGUAUUACCCCCAAAGCAUUUAUGGGUGCCCAUGAGUUUAAUUCUUGCUGCCACAGUAUCAAGACAUGUUUUGAUAUUGUUUGAUUUUUAUCAUUAUUGUUUGGAAGUUUUAAAUUCUGGUAUUACAGCAAACCCUCUCUCUUAUCAGCUUGUCCUUGGCCGUCAGUUCAGUAUCUUGGGGUGAAAUGCAACUGGAGAUGUUGCAUUGUAGAGAAUGUUGUCCCAAAGUUAGGCCUCAUUGAUUCUAAAACUGUAUGUGAACUGUCCAAGACUAAUUUUUAAUAUAUGUAAUGCUGUUUGAAGAGAUACAGACAUCUGAAAUAGAAGAAAAACUGCAAGGCACCCAAUAAAAUUCAAGUUUAAUGAAGGCAAGUUUUUAUAAUGCCAGAAAAAGAUUACAACCUUUGCUCUUUUUCCAGUGAAUAUUUCCCAUUUCUCUCUUUUUUGAUUUUUUUCAAUCAUGUAGACAACAAAACAGGAGAAAAAGUGACUUUUCUUUGUUUUAAUGUUGUAACAGGGCCAAACAGAAACCACAAAGCUCACUCUAAAUCAGGCUGUUGUGGUUUUUUCUCUCACUGUCCACAUGUUUCUCUGUAAUAAAUGAGGUCAGUUAGCAUAUUCAUUUUUUCCACUGCGGGGAGAACUUUUUUUUUCUCCUCACAAAACAGAACUCUGCGGCUCAUGUUGCUCUGAUUAGUUUGCUGUGACAUUUCAAGGAAGUAAUAGCUGAUCUCAGAAGAACGGUUUAGGGCACAUGCUGAUCUCAGGGGGAUAGUUACAGACACAUUUAACUUUCAUUCACAUGGAUCACAUGAGUGAUUGUCCAGUAAAAGUCAUACAGAAUUUGGGAUGCUUUUGUCUGUAGGUUUACAGGGAAAAAUAGGUCAGCAAACAUCUGAAUGGAUCUGUGUAAUGGGUUUGUAGUGCCCUGCUCUUGUAAACAAAUCAAUGACUUGGCUUCAGUUCGACUAACAUGGGAGCAGAUUGACCUAUGAAGAUGUCCUGUAUUUAAAUCUGGGCCGCUGCAGUUCAUAGGAAUGAACUGACUGAAACAAAUUACCCAAACUGUGUUUACAAGACUCUUUGGCUCAGAUGCUGUAAUACGCUACCAAUCACUGUCAAAAACAGGAGUGGGGAAUGUUUGAGUUUUUCCAUGAGAGCUGAAAAAGUUCCUGGACGAUCAGUUUGACUUCCUCUCCAACAGACUUUGGCUCUCAGAGUCGAUCAUGCCUCAACAGGGCAACUCCACACACCCAUUUCGUCUGGUUCUUUUUGGUGGGGUCACUAUAGUUUUCUUCCUGGGCACAGACCUGCAUCCCUGAGAACUCUGUCCUCAGAGUGAAUCCAUCAGGGUGCAGGUCCUCACGGGUGACUGAACCCUGAGGAGCAUUACAGGCUCCCAGUCUCACAGCAUGAAAGGUUGACCCACAAUGAAGCCUCCUCCAUUUGUAUAGGCUUCAUCAUCAUUCAGAUUGUGUCCUUGAGUAGGGGAGUGGCGCUGUCUCAACCCUGGAGUUUAACAUGCAGCACUCAGGCUCUGCCUCCUGCAUUCACAGGAGUGUUCCCACAGCCACUCAGCCUGCCACAGGGUUUCUGGUAAAACUGAGCCCAACAAGUGAGAACGGGAUGAAAGCUAUUUUCUCCUUGUUCCAUCCCAAUUUUACACAAGAUUUUGUCGUAAGUUUAUAUUUAAAGCUAUGACAUUAAAAGAAAAUUGCAUGAUAAAGCAACAGAAGUGAAACCACAGUGACUUAUUUUUCAACUUAUGAGCUUCACACAGCAUUUUCUCUUUUUCAGCUCAGUAUUUUUAUCAAUGUCCUAUUUGUCUGCCAAAAAUGAACCUUGUUUCUAGCUAUUGGCAGCUUUUUCCAGCAUGAAAAAUGUCAAACACACAGUAUUUUAUCUUCCCAGAAAGUUAAACAUCUUGCUCUGAAAGACAAAUAUAUUUGCCCUUGGAUGUGCUCUGGACUGAAACUGAGCUCAAAUCAAAGUCAACAUUCCUCUACUCCAUGGUUUCAAACUUGAAUUUCUACUUUUGUCUUCAGAACUGUGAAACUGAUGGAGGGAUCAAACAUGAUGACAAACUUAGCUGUACGUUUUCCAGUGUAAAGUGUGGACCAAAAUCACCAGCAUCGCACAAUACUCACUGACAGGUUGUGCUUACCAGCGACCAGAGUUUUGGCUCUCAAAAUGAGAAGUCUUAUGAAAUCUUAUGUAAUCAAACUUGACUUUAGAUUAAACAAAAAUGGUAGACAAAGGACUCGUUGUCAAGCUUAACAUUACUUGCUUAGCAACAAAGUGAAUCAAUAAUGAUAGAGAUUUCUAUUUAACUAUUCACACUUUGGUUGAUGGAUGUUUUUACAGCACACAUUAUACACUUUUUUUUUUUUUAACCACAAAUCAGUGAGUUGAUCCUCCAUUUCUGUCGAACUUCACACUCAGUGUUCACUGUCAUCAGGCUUGUCAGCUUGCUAGCCAGUUAGCCAAUGAAAGUUGCCCUUUCAUUCCUCAACACUUGACAAUCUUUGGCCUAUUUACAAGCUGUUGACCAAAUGUUGACAAAAAAGUCCAGUUAUAAUGGGCAGUCCAAUUGUUAUGUAAUUUUAUGGUAUAGGAUGGCACUGUACUUAUCACCAUUAUUUAUCAUAUUACCCUCCACACCAACUUUCUUCGUAACAGCUGUGUUGAGAGUAUUUUUGUCCAGGCAGACCUGAUUUCUAUUCAAACUAAAUACAGUUCAGCGUUUUCAGUGUAAAGUAUCAACCUUGUCAUCAGAUGAUUUUGAUCCUUUGCUCUGAGUGAAAGUAGUUCAACUUUUGUAAUCACUGACCAAUCAGAUUCAAAAAGGGGCGGGACUUCUUAUUAUGGGCAUGUCAGCUACAAUGCUGGGAAAGAAACCGACCAGAUUUGUCUCUUUGAAGGUUCUACUCAGGUCUAGAGCUGCUGCUAAUGUUAUGACACCAAUGUCAGUAAAUGAAAACAAAUAUAAAAUAGUUAAAGCAUUUUUAAAUAGACCCAGUGGAAAAUUAGCAAAGGAAGUGAAUGUUUCAAGGGACAACUUUUAUAACUCGUGCUGCUGGGAAACACUCAGAGGGUGUGGGUGCUAAAAAUCGCCUCCAAUGACAUGACCCCUUAUGUUUGGAAAUUUGGUAAUAUUAAUUGAUAGAAACCUCAUUAACAUGUUAUUACCACUGGUGACUGCAACCUUUUCCAAUCUUAGGCAAACAUUUUUAGUCAGGAACAGAAUUUAAUCAGGCCACGUGUUUUGAAUUUCCCUUUACAUGUGUGCUAUAAACUCUACAUGUUGUUGUCCAUACUCUUGUAAAAGGCUACAGAUGGAGUUUGGUCUGUUUUGAUUUUGUUGUUCUUGGUAACUUGGAGCCAGCUCCAUGUGGUUACAUGUGGUACAUUAUGUAUCAAAUUCAUUUUGUUGGGAACUUCUCGGGGGCUUCUUAGUGUGAUUAUUGGGUAAAUCCCAGGCACAACUACCUCUAAAUCUGCUGUAAGUUUGCCUGAAAAAAAGUUCAAACAAACAUCACUUGGUCAUAUGUGUUGAAGUUUUUCCUCCUCUCAUCACUAAGACGUCCCCUCUGCUGGUGUUUUACGGGGCCGGGGACGGUGAAAAAGCUUGGAGAUUAGCGUAGCAUUUGUUGUUGUGGGAUCCCUGCUAAGUUCACUUCCCUGACCCCUGAGGCUCCCCUUCCCCGCUGAUCCCCCUCCUCUCUGAGGUCUGGUAUCCGUGAGAAGACCCCACUCUAGCACGGCCCCCCCUCCUUACUGCUGAAAGGCCUUUCUCUCAUUAGCAUGCCCCUGGGGCUCCCUAGCCUGCUGUUGCCAAACAAACACAGCCAAGAUCUUCUUCACUGUCUCCCUCGCUGUCUGAUUCUUCCAUCAUCUUUUGCAAACCCUCAUCCAUUACCUCUCCUACUUUUCUUUCACCCCUUCAUUUUCCUCCCUUAUCUCUUUUUUUCCUCUCUCAAAGGACAUGUUUGUCUGCCUCCAUGACUCACCUGGAUCCCUCGUUUUCAUGUUGUUUCCUGUGUUGUUUGUAUAAGCCCUGAGGACUCCACGUCUCCUCGUUCAGGAAAUGUCCUGUGUCUUUUUUAUGUGUGUCAGAAGCCACCAGAUGGGAGGAAGAGACGGCGGUCAGAGGUUGCUAAUGAAUGCAGCAGAGGCAGAGGGCAUAUGGUGGAGAUCAGGAGAUGAAGGGCACACAUUCCCCCCUUUUCUUAAACUGUGGUCUGAAGUGAAGAAAAGUAGAUUUUCAGCCACUCUGUCAACUGUAGUAAGGGUCCCCUGUGCUCUCAUGUGCAACCCCUUACUCUGAUUUAACAAACCAGUUCCCAAAAAGAGUUAUUCAGGGGUCUGUAUCAGUUUCAGACACAGGGAUGCUUGUGUGGAGAGUUUCUUUUGAGGUUUGUGUCAUGAGAAGAACUUUAUAUCCAUAUGACUUAAUAUUUCAAUGAAGUUACCCCAUCACAUUUGGCACAUUGAGCUGAUCUAGACUGCAUUAAUGUUAUCCACUUAACAUUGCACUUGUAACAGGCAGACAACUUAAGCAAAACCAAAGUCAUAGUUAGACAUCCAUCUGCUGACUGAGUCAAGAAGAAAGGACAGAUAGAGGAGGAUAAACACACAAAUGUACAGACAGAAACAUACACUACAACAUGAUUAGAUGUAUGAAUAAUGAAAUGUUAGCUGUCUCAGAAUAAGGUCGCUCAUCAUGCGUUGAAUAUUCAGUGACGUUGAUGCUCUAACUUUUGGGUUUUCUCCGGUAAACUCUCUGCAGUUCUCAAAGACAUGUUGAAUUGGCUCUGGGAUACUUACUUUUUUUUGGUUAGUUGUUUCUACCGCUGCUUGUGUUUCUUCAAUACAUUCUCCCUGCGAUACAACUUUCCAGGUGACUUAAAGGAUCCAGAACUCGAGGAACUUUUUCCAUAUCAGUGAUGCCACUUUCAGAUGACGUGCUACCGCCUACAUCAAAUAGAGUGUGGUGAAACAGUGAAAAUUGCACUACUUUUCCUCAGCGUAUGAGUUUGUGUGUGAGAUGGUGUCCUAUAUUGACUGAACAAGCGAGUUUACUCUUUGAACGUUAAUCCCCGAGCUUGUCUUUUUGUUCUAUACUUAACUCUUCUUCCUAUUGCCUCAGAGUUUAGCAGAGCUCUGUCAUGUAGGAUCUACCGUGAAACUAGAUUUUAAGUGAUAUAUGACUCAGAGCACCCACUUAAGUCCAAGCAAAUACCCUCAGACAAGACCCCUGCAAAAACCACACUGUAAAGUGGAGCUCUGCCUUUGUGAAGCAGUAUGACACUAAACAAGCGAAGCAGAGGAGAGGGCAAGAGCAAGCGAGAGAGGGAUAAAGAGAGAGCAGGAACGCACGGAGAAGGAGAGGGAGCGAGAGAGGAGAGAGGAGGAGAAAAAAGGAAGAAUCUUGCUGAAAGGAAGCAUUUUUGUUGGAUGGGAGAAAAACAACCAUGGAAACUCCAUCAGAAGAAAACCAAGAGCAGGGGCAGGACAAAAGAGGUACCAAUGAGCGCUCACAAAGAGCCGCUUCACUUCUUUCUAUUCACUGCUUGUGUUUACUGGGGCUUUAACCUACUCCAGCCUGCAGAGUUUUCACUCAACACAACAGUUUGGUAGAUUUUACCCAGCAGGGAGAGAUAUUAAAUAUCAAUCUGUUUUUUUUCAGUCUUUGUAUGCAUGUAAUUGUUGAUAUUCUAGUUCAGGCUCUGCAGCUGCAAAGUUACAGUCGCUGUGAUGCUUCAUUUAUUUUGACACGCUUGUUCUGUGAUCUGAGUGGGGGUGUAUUUAGCAGAUUUUACUCCUGCAGCUGAGGGAAUACUGCGUAGCUGCUGGACAUCAUCAUGUUAUUGUCACUUUUAAGGACAAUGAGCCUGCUGCAGAAUCAACAGCACAUCCAUCAAACCUCAGGGGGCAUUUCAGUUGUUCUUUCAGGAGGGAUGAGGUAGAGUUAGGAGGAGGGGGCAGUGAUGAUUAAUGAGGUGAAUGAGGGGCUGGCAAGAAAAAAGAUAAAUGAUCCAGACAUUACCAGCUGCACACAGACAGAAAUGAGGUGUAUGUACACUGAAGAGAGAAAUAAAGUCAUUCAUUUGCACACACCUCAUUAAGAAACAGUAAGAAUCAGUGAUUUUUCUGCUGAACAUCUUUCCAAGGUGAACACAACGAUCAGUCAGUCAAACACUCCUCACUUUAAAAGGUUGAGUAUCCUGGGAUAAUGUAACCAGGAAAGAUUUUCCCUAAGUGAUGUUCAAUAAUCUCUAAAUUGAUAGUUUUGUUUCAUUAUCAAACCCACUGUGAGGAUUGAACUGGUGAUAACAGUCUCAUUUUAAAGCCAAUACCUCGAUUUGACAGGCUGAAAUAAACCAGAUGAUCAGCCUGAAGAUGACAUACAGCAGACAGAUGUAUCUGGUUAUUUUGGUUUAGUGUCACUCGGGGUGAAUGAUGGGGUUUAUGAAAUGAAGACGAAAAGAACCUCUGAAUACAUUCAGAAAGCAGAGGGAGAUUUUAAAUCAGUGAAUAUUAUUAAAACAGAUGCGACAAAAUAAUGUUGUUUACAUUUUUCACAUCCGCUUUAGGGCCUGUGUCCACUAACAGCAUAUUUGCUCUCGCAACUCCAAACAACCACAGUUUCAGAAGGCUUCUGCUUACUGUUGCUAGGUUACAAAAGUUGUUUAGCAGCACUUCUGCCUCUUGUACUUGUGUUUUAGAUUCUUUGCACACUUUAUAUUAGCCCCGAAUUUAAAACGUGAAGGUAAGGUUGGGAUAUUUACAGAUAUAUUUUGGGUCCUCCUGUUUGUUUUCAAAACAUAACUGCAAAUGCUAAAUUUCAUUGUCAAGUGUGAUCUGCUAAAUGCAGCAACAGAACCGAACACUGCAACUACAAACAGUUGGUAGACAUUGUGUCAUUGCAUAAGCAGCGGCUCUAGACCCGGAAAUAGUUCUUAAAAUGAGUGUGGUUAAGUUUCCCCUCUGUACUCUGCCACUGUUGUUUACGAAGUCUUGCCCCUUCCUGAUUUUACGUGGUUAUUGAUGAAGAAGGGAUGUUAAUGAGUUUUUUUUUUUUUUUUGUAUAGCUGAGAGCUCAAUGAGCAACAACAACAGCAGCAGAUGAUGAGGGUGUUAUAUACUUAGUGAACAACUGCAUUGGUUUUGUACAGAAAACAAGUACUGCCAACAAAAAAAUGCUGUAAGUAGACACAGGCCCUAAAAAAUGCGACAAAUAUGGCACCCUGAAAGAAACUGAAAGUGACAGUUUAGACUAACUUUUAUAUAUCAGAAAAAAAGGGAAAAAAAUGUUGGGGAAAUACUCUUUAUUGCUUUUAAGAUUUCAGGAAAGUUUUGUCUUUGUUAAACACCCAAAAGUAUUCAGUUCGCAAUGAUAAGGGGUUGUGAAAAGUAGUAAAGAACUAACUUUUAAAGCUCAAACAAGUGCAUGAUGUUAAUUUAAAUCUCUGUAUUUGUAUUUUAUUUCCUACUCUCUUGAGGAAACUUCUACUGCUGCUGCAUACGCCUUACUAUCACUGUAUUCAACAGAGUAUAGUGUAGCACUAUUUUUUUACACUUCGAUACAUGAUACCCAUGAAAAAGGGGUCCAGAACCAAAUGUUAGAUUAUUUAAUUAACAUCAUUUGAGUUUAUUAUCUCAUUGUAGAUUUAACAGCUGUUUUAUCUCCUAGCUGAGCCCUGUUUAACAUUGAAGUUUUGGCUGAGCAAGAACUUGUGAUGAAACACCUUGAGACCGUGUGCGGGAUGUUGAUUUGACUUUCCCAACCUUUUCUUAUCCCUCACAAGGCUCUUAAUCACAUGUUUACUCCUCUGCUGUCCCUUAACACACAAUUUAUGAGUGAUUACUGCCAUCAUUGCCUCUUACUGUCACUGAAUACAUACACACAUCUCAUUGAGCUCUUUAUGGGUGAGGUGUAGUCAACAGCUAUUAGCUGACAGAGUUUCCGUUGUUAGAAAGGUAAACAAUGAGACCACUUUCGAUAAAUUUGCAGGCUUAGAUCUCCACGGUCCCUCGAGAAUGGCCAUUACUACCAUUAUGGCAUUUUUAAGUAUCACUCCUCUCAAAGUGGAGAGUGUGGAAAAUGAGACUGUUUCUCAUAAAUGGUGUUUUGGCAGCUCGCCCCAAUGAAGCAAACAACAACAGUUUAGCAUUGGCUGUAAACACACACACAUCUGUUAGCAAUGAGGGUCGAUGUUUGAUUAAAAGUGGACGGCAGAAAGACAGGGCUAAACAUCGGUUAGGAGUGCAGGAUUCAGAGAUGAGGAGGAGGGUUGUGACAACUUCAUCCCAUAUUAUAUAUCUGAGUGUCUUUCUUUGUGUGUAUUUGUAUUUAGGAUACAUGUACUUUUGCUCUUUACAUUUGAUUAUAUGGCAUUUUGAAGUGCAUACUUUACACAUGAUUCUACACAGGACUGAGGUUUUUAUUCGGCGCCUGGCAUUGACACCAAAUUGAACACUGAUCUCGAAAAUAUUUGCUGCUCACUAAUUCUCAUCUGGUUGGUAUGUCUCUGGAUUUUUUUUUUUCUGUUUUUACUUAGCGUCCCAGCUGUUGGAAGAAUUCAUCUCUGCUGUGUCGACAGGUUGUGUUUAAGUGAUUGCUGCUGUUGAAGGGUGGAGGGAGGUGAUGAAGCAAGCCAGCUGCAGGGGUUUAGAGUGACAAAUCUGAGUGGGGCAAACUGCAGGGCAGGAAUAAGCUAUUUUGAGGGCAGGGGGCAAAAAUUUGAUGUAAGGGCACCCCAAAGCCACCCCAAGUCCCAUGAUGUUGCAACUUGGUCAGUUACCUGGCACUUACAAACAUGACACUCUAGGUAGCUCUGAAGUGUUAUUUCUGGAUGCUUAUUGUUGAGUUGUGAUGUUGAAGUCAGGUGAUGAUGUAAGAAGAGUGCAAAUCUUUGCAGCCCCCGUUCUAGCCCGACCUGUAAGAGUUUUUUCAGUCAAACAAUUCCAAUUAGUUGACUGAUACAAUGUGACAUUGAAAUAAAUAAAAGAUUUGGAAUUGAAGGUCAAAAGGUCAUCAAACUGUCUUACAUAAUCCGUGACAUCCUGAUGGCCUUGGGUUGUUGAUUCAACUUGAAAUGGGACAUCAGUCUGACUGGAGUCCUUUGUUGUCAAGUCAUGUGUCCCUUUUAUCUUCAUUUUCUGCCUCUCUUUAGUGUUUAGUGGAAGUAAAAAAGUCUUGAAAACAAGAAUUGGUACACAUUAAACCAGUGAAGUUUAGGGUUCUUAAGCUCCAGGUCCAACACUGUGGUUGUAAAUUACUGGCUGAGGAUCCACAUGGAGUUUCUUGGUGACUUUAUCAAGCAGUGUCUGAGUCUGUUUGUCUAAGAGUCUGUAUGCCAGUCUGUCUGCAUCUUCUGUCGCCCUUAAUGAGACAUUUCUUCCCCAGAUUGGCUGAUUUUGAGUUUCUUUGACAAGUGGGAUCUCACUGGAGGGUGAGUGGCUGCUGCGACUCUUAAUAGUUGAGCUAUGUGCAGUGCUGGAGGGGCACACAGGAUGGAGCUCAGCAGUGGGCUUGUCCUGGGCCUUGAGCCUACAGGGCCGGAAGAGCGAGACCGUGGUUCAGUGCUGCUGUGAAUGGCCCCUGAGAGUCCAGUGUGAUGGACAGUCUGGGGCUGCACACACUGCCUCUUUGUAUCCGGGCUUCUUGGACUCUCUGUGUCUCUAUUUUUCUCCUCGUGAUCCCACUGUGUCAUUACAAACAGUCGCUAACUUGUCUGUGUUCCCCCUUUUCUCUCUUUAUAUUUCAUUCUCCCUCUUCUGCUCUCAUUCAUGUACUGCAGCAAUGAGCUGGAGAGGCUUGAAGUGGUUAGAGGUCUAACCAGGAGUAUUACUCAGGGAGCAUGUGAAUGUCAUCAGAGGGGGAAAAAGUCCAAUGUGAUUCUCAUUUAUGGUCCUCCACUCAGAACAAGGCAGCAGGAUCCAUUUAGUACAAGCUUGUUGUUUGGAGAGUCUUUGCCGUUAUCCCCCGUGGAGGAGGAUGAUUUCAGCUGAAGUCUGACCUGCAAUAUCCUGUUUGCUAUGAAAUCCCACGUAGUGCACUCAAAGAAAACAAUCUGCACUUUGUGGUGUGGUGGAUACACUGACACUGACGGGCUUAGUGGUAACCCUUAGAUACACAUUACAACAGCUUCUGUGAAAAUUGUUGUCUUCUGUGAGUUUGUGAAAUUAAUCUUUGAACUGGAGUCAAUCAUUUAAACAAUGUAAAAGAAUUUUUUAUUGUUUUAGGAUAAAAAAUGCUGCCAAUCGGGUUCCUACUAAGUGUGGAAAAGUAUGGAAGUAAUUUGAUCAAUUUCCAGGUCUUAAAAGUAUGGUCAAUGAAAAAUAAAGUAUGGAAAAAUAUUUAUGUUAACAGACUAUAUUGCCACAAUUAUAAAAUACUGUUUUCUAAAAUAGAAAAGUAGGUAUUUCCAAGAAUAAUUCUAAAAAGUAGAGUAUGGAAAAGUAUGGAAAUUUCAUGUUUACAUCUGGAUAGUAGAGCAUUAAAGGACAAUGACAACAAAACUUACAGGAGCUACAGCCUUUGCAAAUGGUGGGGGGCUGCUCUACAGCUCAGACACAUCAUAUAACUAAAUUUCACUGUCUAAUUUUCCAAUGUUUAGAUUCCUCUAAUACUCAUAGUGGAGCUCUCUCUCAAACAAAGAUGUAGAAAGCUACAAGUGCUGAAUGACCCCAGCAUGAGGCCUGUACUUACGAUAAGGAGGCACGCAAUACUACGCUAACUCUCAAAGCUAUUUCUUCCUGUGAACCACAAACUAUGAGACCAAUUAUAUCUUGGCUUGGACUUCUGUCCUCAUAGUACUCUGUGCUGGACUGUCUGAAUGUUACACUGGUCUUUGAAGUCCUGUCUGUCUCCCCUGAUGUCUAAUACCAGGACUGAGGCUUUCACAGAGGCUCUUUGUGAACAGUGUCAUAUUCCUGAGGUUGCUAAUACUCGAACCUUGUCAGUGGGUCUGUCAUUCUGCCAGUGUUUUUCUAGCCGGUCAGAACAGUGUUACACUAACCUGCCAACAUGUCUGAACCAGCUGUGAAAAUACCACCGUGGAUUUAUUGGGUUAUUAAGCAUAACAACCAGAGAGUGACACAAGGUUUUGCCGUCAUGAGGCUAUACUUAGUCUGGGUGGACUGCUGCCUCUAAAGCAAACCCCUCCUGUGAGAUGGACACUAAUCAAACAGAUGGCCUAUCGAUUAAAUUGGUGGCUCUCUAACAUAACGCAGUUUUUUUUCCUCUUGAAGUGCAGCUUGUUAAAUGAGCAUGGCAGACACAGGCGUGUCAGUCUAAUCCUCUCUGUGAGGAAGUCCAGGAGACGAGAGUUUCAUGGUCCAUGCGAGAUUUUAAACCUUUGAAACUUUAUAUAUAUUAAGUGUUGACUCCUCCAGAGACAGUUAGGCUCACAGAGUGAUUUUUCUAAAUCACAUCAAGUCAGUUUCAGACGAUCAAAGCAGACUGGUUGUCUUGAUGAUAUCAUGGCGUCCAGCACUGGGCUGUCAGCUUUCAGACAGUUGAUCUAAUGGGAAAAGUGACACAAUUAGAGGGCAGACUUUGAAAUCAGACAUAAUGGGUUGAGCAGCCGUGCUUAUUUUCUCUAUGAAAUGUCAAACCUUAUUUCAGUCAAAUUAAUUCAUAAUUAACCGGCGAGGCUGUUGUUAUUGCUCCCUUUAUUAUUUACUGAAACAGAGACAAACACUUAUCAUACUUUCCAUACAGAGACGUCUCUUCAGGAGGUUGAACCCUGAGAGCAAGUUGAUUUAUAAGGAAGAUAUAGUCUGCUACUGGAUCAUAACUUCCUGAUAGUGUCAUUCUUUACAAAGGUCCUUUAAAUGGCUGUAUUUACUUUGCAUCUGGGCUCAAUAUCCUGUGGAGCUGUCUCAGCAACCCCCCCCUUCAUGCUCAUCAGAGACAUGUGGGCUGUGGUAGAAGUUAGCGACUCUGCUGUGGGCACAUUUGUGGAGUUGCGGUGAGCAUGCUGCUAUGGCAACUCCUAUUCAACCAGCAUGGGACAAAAAUGUUUUUAUCUCCCUGUACUACACAAACAGACAGGAUGAAGCGUUUCACUACUGAAGUGUUGGCUCAGCAGCAGAGGUAUUUCACUUUUAAUUUGCUUUGUCGAGGCACAAACACAGAUGAACUUUUAAGAUUCCCACCUCGAGGAAGAUUGGAGCAAGAAGACACUCAAAACCUACCUAAUAUAUUUCACAUAUCAGUUCUCCUUGUUGGCCUCUACUGACCCUGUUAUACAACAGCUACAUUGUUUACUGGCAACAGCUAAACAUCACAAAUAUUGUGCUAAAUAUUGCCUUGUUCUGCGGUCUAAAUAAUGGGAUAAACUGUGUAUAGAUUCUCAUGGAAACAUUUGUCUGAUAAUUUUUACCACAUUUGAAUUUCACCAUGUCCUGCUUGGGUAAGAAUGCUCCCAUUACUGAGGGAGGAUUGGUACAAGUCUAUUAAAGCCAAACCAGUUCAAGCAUCAUUUUUAACACAGCUUGAAAUAAUUGAAGUUCGGACCAUUUGCCUUUGUUAAACUAUUAGCAACAUUGGCAUACAGCUGCAAAUGUUCUCUCAUGUAUAAUUCACAGUGAGACACGUGGACUAUAUAAGAGAAAUGGAUGUAGCCUCUUGGUUUCAAAAGUUAGGCGAACGUGGGAGUAUCUUCAGCCGUCAUUCUUUCUAAUAACCGACAUCUGAGAUUUCAGUGGCGAACAAAAGAAGUCUCACUGGAUGAAAAUAGAAGAGAGUAUGACCCUGUGUGUCAGUAGAUUCAUCCAUCUUUACAUUCAUUAUCUUUACUGUGGUAGUUAAGGGGGAGCCUGAAGCAAGUCCCAGUUGUUUAUCGGCAGAGUACAUCCUGGAGUCAAUCACAGUGCUAACACAUAGAAACAAACAACCACUCAUGCACACGUUCACCUACGGGCAAUUUGGAGUUACCAAUUAACUUAACAAGCAUGUCUUUGGACUGUGAGGGGAAGCCAGAGGGUCAGUCGAUUCAUUACCUCGGUGAAAUGUUCUGCUAUUGAAUGUAUGGCCUCAAUGACAAGUCCCAAGUAUUCUUCAGUGCAGUGCAUUUGCUAUUACGCAAGCUUUGGUCCAGUUCAGAGUAAACUUUAGGAUAUAGCAGAGGAGGCUUUAGGGAGCGGCUGGUGUCAUGCAUGUCAAAAAUGUGAGUCAGGAAUAGAUUAAAUCAAGAAAAAAAAGUUUUCGCAACAGCAAAGAUGUAAAUUCAUGGUUUUAAAAUGGGCUUUUCAGUGGAUUACUUUCGCUUCUGUGCAUUUUAGUCCAUUAAUGACUCUGCUGUUUUUGUCUCCACAGACAACAAUAUUUAGCUCAUUAGAUUGUCCACCGUGUUCUCCAGCUAGUUUCUAAUUUUGGAAAUAUUCUGGCACAUAAUGAACAAGAGUUAUCGGAACAGUUUUACUUAGAUUUGCUUAUUAUAGUGGGGUAAACCAAAACAGCACUCUUGUUGGUCCCAUAACCAAUAUAAUUAGCUCAAAGACACUAAAACGCUCAGUAGCUGCAGAGCUGGGAAAGAAAAAUCCCUGCACGACCUGUCUCAGUCAAAUAAUUUGAUCAAAUUAUAACAAAGUUAUUGUUUGAAAAGUUUUAGUUUCAGUGUGACGUGAAGCACAUAUGAGAGUUUAAAAACAUUACCAGUCAUUGACUUGUGUAUCCUAUGACUAUACAACAUCCUGUCAGACACACAGACCUGAUUUAGAGCCGUGCUUGUUUUGCAUGCAUCCACAGAUAGUGCAUUGUGAUGACGGCCUUUGUUUCAUAUGGUGCUGCAAAACACUGGAUGAGGCCGAUUCAUCUGGGUCACUUCAUUCCCUCAUUGUGAGUUUUCAUUGAUUUCCAUUCUGGCUUGGCAGGCUGACAUCUAAAGCUUUGACCUGCUGGAUGGCCAUUAGUGCCCUGUGAGUGUCGAGAGGAACUCUCAGAUGAAACAUUAUCAAGAGUGAAGGCUGUGAAACUUCAGACUCCUCACACAGUAAUCUGCCGGUACUCCACAUUGCAAAGGAAGCACGCCGCAUCAAGCAUGACCGUGGGGGGAUUAUGUGGACUUUAUUUUGAAGAGGCUUGUCUGUAUUCAUGUCUGUGUUCUUCAUCCCAGCGAGGAAGGGACUCUUCUUCAUCAGAUUUCUUGCCCUUGUUUGUAAUGAGUCAGAUAUGGCUUAUUGAUACAUGUAUGAUAUGCACAAGUUAACCUUCAUGAAAACUGGCUUUGGUUUUUAUUGCUUCAAAAAUAAGAUAUCAGCAUAAAUAAGUUUUUAUAUUCUGAAUAUCUUUGAAUAUUUAAUCCUGCAGUAGUUGCUUUUCUAAUUUUAUGUUUUUUUCCUUUGAAAAAAUAUAAUCCUAAACAAACCAGAAAGAAAGAGAUCGUCUUUGAACCCUCUUAACAAAAGUUAGUUUUGGUCUGUGUACCUCUUUUCUUUUUACACACUGUUUUACACACAGAUGAAGUGAAGGUUAAUAGAUUUACUUAAAUUUGCAUCAGCUGAGUUGACUGACAGCUGGGGUGUUGUAGCUGUUUGUCAUUAGGUAUAAGCUUGCUUUAGCUGCACCUCUUUGUCUCUUUCUAGGUUGAUUAAAACUUAUUUCCAGUGUUUCCAACAUGGCGCCUGCCACCAUCAGGCUCCAAGCACUUUCAAAACUCUAAGCUCACUUGUUGCUUUCUUUCUUUUUUUCUACAGGGUGCUUCGAGUGCUGCAUCAAGUGUUUAGGCGGGGUGCCAUACGCGUCUCUGGUGGCCACCAUCCUCUGCUUCUCCGGCGUCGCCCUGUUCUGCGGAUGCGGCCAUGUCGCUCUUACCGGCACUGUGUCCAUCCUGGAAAACCACUUCUCCAGAACGAUCAGUGAUCAUGCCAUGCUGACUGAAAUGUGAGUGUACUCAAACCCUGUUGUAUAUAUGUGCUACAUGGCUGAACAAACAGAUAAAAAGCGUCAUCAUAACAUGCUGAUAAACUCUGGGAUCAUGAAAACAUCCCCUCGAAGGAUCAGUUACACAACGUGCUCUCUCUGAAGAUGGUUUUAUUACACUGACUCACAAUAAAGAUGGUCCCAAAUGUAAGAUAAAUACAACUUUCAGCGAAGUUGACUUUAUGUAGUCUAUUUUUGGAUGAUAGUGCCUCCCAUGUUCACUUAACCCUGGAGAACGCUCCUAAUAUGGGCCUUUGUUUUUUUUACAGUGCAUCCAUUAGUGCCGACAAUAAAAGAGGAAUGACAGAGACAGGGCUGCACAUAUGUUUUAUGUUGGAGCAGAUUGGAAGUGCUCUGUUUAAUUUAAGAUGUCUACAGGGGCAGUCUGUCUCUUGGCUGAUGAUUCCCAGAGACAAGCAUCACCUGUUAUCUCCACAUUUGGGCUUGGAGUCUUUCCACAGGUCUUUGGCAAGCUGGAUUAUGGUUUCAUUCAUCUGGUUAUGAUUUAACGGCAAACACAAGUUACUCAUGUUGAAAGAUCGCAUGCGAAAAAUAUAAAUAAUCACAAGCAGCUAUUUUCCACACUUGACAGCAGUAUGUCGUGCUAAGCCUUUACCCGAGAUUUUUGUAGGUCUCUGCAGGUGUUGUGUUUAGGGGCAGAACAGUAUGUUAGGCAUUAAUAUGUGCUUUAGCCAAACUCAUGUGUGUGACAUUUCUCUUUAACAGAAUACAGCUGAUGCAGUAUGUCAUCUAUGGCAUCGCCUCGUUUUUCUUCCUGUACGGGAUCAUUCUGCUGGCCGAGGGUUUCUACACCACCAGUGCCGUCAAGGAACUGCACAGUGAGUUCAAGACCACCAUCUGUGGACGCUGCAUCAGUGGAAUGGUAUGUUAACACAACCACAGAGCUGUGAGUGGAGCUGAGUCUUCAACACAGAGUGCUUCAAUGUGACAUGAUGUGUAUGGUGUUUAAAUAGCUAAAUGUGCUCUUUUGUUAGCUUAUGAUGCUUAUGAACCGUCUGUCUCCUCAGUUUGUGUUCCUCACAUACAUUCUCGGCGUGGCCUGGCUCGGUGUGUUCGGCUUCUCCGCUGUGCCCGUCUUUCUCUUCUACAACAUGUGGUCCACCUGUGCCACCAUUAAGUCCUCCAUGGCCAACCUCACUGACACCGACUACAUCGAAUCCAUCUGUGUGGAUGUGCGUCAGUACGGUAAGAGUAAAGAGAGAAAAUGUCUCGUGUGGCUUUAUUGGCUUGAAGAAAAAAAGUUUGGUUAGUUUACAAAUAUAAGCACAGUAAGAACAUUUCAAAGUUCGAGAUGGGGUUCACAAUUUAGGGGAAACUUUAAAUUCAUAAUUCAAAGAUCGCGCACAACAAUGAAAAGUUUUUGUGUUUCACCAUGUGGUGUUUAUAUCUGGAACAGGUUACAGCUGGACCUGAAGCAAUGCUCAGACUUGAGGAAAUUUUUAAAAAUCCGUACAAAUAUAAUAUCCGAUCGUUUUUUGAUAUUCAAUUGAUUUUUGGAAAGACCACUGAAUUAUGAUGUAUAACCUGUUUUCAUUUGUAUAAAAAUAUAUAUAUGUGUAUAUAUAUGGAAGCACUUUCACAGAGUAGCUGAUGGAGAAGGGGCGGGACUUGAUAAGUUUUACUUCCUCCCACUCCUUUUCGAAUAUGUUGUAUGUUUCUUUUUUACUUAUUAUUAUCAUUCUGUAUUUUUCUCUUAAUUUUCUUUUUUGAACAUAUUCGAAAUGAAUAAACUUCAGACUUCAAGAACAAAAGUCCAAUUUUAGAUGAAGAGUUGGCCACACUUCAACCCCUGGAAAACUUACCUUUAAUUUGAAGGAUCUUACCUCCAACUUUUUUGGUUGUAACUCUUGUUAAAAGAUUAAAUAUCCAGUAAUUCAUGUGAGGACCAAAGUUAAAAAAAAAUAUUAUUUUCCCCAUCUUUCUUUAUCUCAGGAUUUUUCUUGUGACCGCUGAUACCGAUCAGUUUGUCAAAUGUAACUUGCACCUCUAUUUCCAGUAUUACAGCUGACAGUACUGACAGCAGUUUAUCACAAAAAAAUGUUAACAAGAAUCUUUUCAGACAGCUGCAAGGCCCUCAAGGAGAAAUUCCCUGCAUUGUCCAAAAAAACAAAGACAACACAGCUGGUGUACUUGCAAUGAAAAAUAGACGAUGGCUACAAAUUGAUACUACGGAAAAACGCAACAGCUUUUUUGACUCGCUCAUAAUCUUACGAGGCUGUAGGAUUGUGGUUUAGUUCAGGUUGUAAUGCAUACUUUCAAUGAUAAAGCAAUUAACAUCAGACAUGGAAACCCCCCUGACCCUUCUGUGUAAAAUUUAUGGACUGCCCCUUUAAGUCUCAGCCUGUCUAAAAUUGCAAAGCAUCCAAAUUUUAUCGUUUCUGGCAGAUUUGAUUCAAAUGAAACUGUGUGCAUCAAUGUGAAAAUCUUUGAAUUUCACGGCUGCAGGAAUCAUCCCGUGGAAUGCCAAUCCGGGCAAGGCCUGCGGAACUGUGCUAAGCAACAUCUGCGACACCAGCGAGGUAGGAGACCUUUUAUCACGCUUCGGUCAUGCACAUAUAUCCAAAGAGGAGCAAGAGGAAGGCGUGAAGGUCACUUUUUUUGUUGUCCUCUUUCCAGUUUUACCUGUCUUAUCACCUGUACAUCGUGGCGUGUGCUGGAGCAGGAGCCACCGUGAUCGCUCUGGUAAGCCCACCUCCUCUCUUUUCCAUCCUCUCCAUUUAGCCCAUCACUGCACGGUUGUAUCAGCUGAUCAUGAGUCAAGUGCUCCUCUUUUCAUGCCCAUAUGGUUUAUAUAACCACAACAAGGAAGAUCACACUUCUUCAGCUCCAAUUCCAUUUGCUCUUUUACCAUCUGCUGUGAUGCACAUGGCCCUGUAUUUACUCCAUGAGGGAGGGAUGAGGGUGUAGUCUGACCUUCACUUUUGUGUGUCAUCAAAUAUUGCAGUUUCUUACGAGUCGUUUUUAACUUUUAAUGGCUGUUAAUGUAUUGGUCACAUUACUAACUGGUUUAAGUACACAUGACAUGGAGGUCACCGGCAUGUUCUCUUACAACUUUUUCUGUUCUCUUCCACCAGCUGAUCUACAUGAUGGCUACCACUUAUAACUUUGCUGUUUUGAAGUUUAAGAGUCGAGAAGACUGCUGCACUAAGUUUUAAGCUGUUCUUAAAGGCGCAGUACUACAUUUGGGGGCUGCACGGAGUAGAGACAGUUUUCCACUGACAACAAAUGAACUAAAAAUAAUGAGAUUAGGAAAAAAAAAAUCAACAUCUCUUGAUUAGUGUAAAUAGCUGAUUGUAUGCUUCCUUUAGCAUUUGUUAUCCAGGGAUAUUGCUUGAUUGAUGAAAGUUGUCUUCAGAUUAGGGGUGGUGUUCGGUUUGUUUCUGCUUUCCUUUUGCUCUCACUCUUAGGAAAAAAUGUGUCACCAUCAGAUUAAGUAGAAAAUGUGCACUGCUACAAAACCACAACAGUGUUAUUUAUAUUCAAAAUGUGCAAGGCAGAUUCUGGCCUGCAAAAAAAAAAGCAUAAACUGCAUAAGUAUUGAGAUUAAAAAAAACAGUAUUAGGUAUGCAGUACUUUACUUUAUAUAACUGGACGAGCAUCAGAUGACUAAGUCAGAGCUGAAAUGCGAUUUUAGACACUGAGGCACCAUCGGAAACCUAAAUUUAAAACUCUUUUGCAUGUGGUAACACAGUGUUGAAUUGGAAAUGAGGAAAUUCGGAGGUCUGAUCAAGCAAAAACACAGAAAAGCCCACAGAUCAGCAGUAUUACACUCUAAAGUGAGUCCACGUGGACCUCUGAUGACAGUAUCUUAUAAUGAGCUCUCAGGCUUUAUGUUUGGAUCGCCUUCUUAGCAGUUUAGGUGUGGAUGAAUUCUAGUCGUACGUCUGUGGUAAACCAUGAACUCUCAAGGUUAAAUGCCUCGACCUUUUACUUCUCUUUCUUUAGCCUUAAAUUUUGGUGCAGACCCAUGAAAAGCCACAAAGUGUUACAACAACAAUUGUCAGUAUUUCUACUUUGUCACAAGUUAGAUCUUAACUGAACUAAAAGCCUUCAUCAACACUGUAUUAUUCUGAUGAGUAUUAUGAAAAGCAGUGGAGUUAAUCGUAGUUUUCGGAGUAACUGCACCUACGUAGCACAGCACACUCUAAAGGGUUAGGCCAGUAUGAGGGCUUUACUUCUGCAUGAGGCCCCGGGGCUCACUUUAAUUCAUGUAUAUUAUAAAAAAGACAUUCUCCUAUUUUAGUGUAGAUUCAAUGUAUUUUUUGUUAUAAUGGCCGAUGCUGGUAUAGCCUCAGCCAUGAAGUUGUUCUGUUUCAUACAUUUUCCUUUUAUCCUCUCUCAAAGUGCCGUUAAAGAGCCAUUUGUUGUUAUCUUAACACUGAGCCUGCAUGCUUUCAUUUUUCAGAUUCUUGAUCUGUUUAGACUUACUUAUACUCCAUAUGACAGAUAUUUAAUUCUCCUCUAAGUUUUUCAAGACUGUAGCUUUUACUUUCUUUUUAAAAUAAACAAUCUUUGUUUACAAAAAUUACCCUACUUGGUCUAUUUCUUGUAAAUCAUACACCAGUGUGUACUGCAAAACGGGAAAGGGUCAAAGUCACAAAACCGCCUGCUUUGUACUAACCACCAACUUUUACUGCUGCAUCAAACUUACACGCAUGGCCGCUGGCUUUUUCUCUUGUCAUUCUCACGCUUUUGAGAGUCAUUUCUGUAACAUUUUGCACAAGAUUGUAGCUGUAACUUGAAUAUUAGUAAUAACUGUAACAGUAAUGUUACAGUGAUUGUUUUUUUCAGAAUACCUCUGGUUUGUUCAGUCCCUUUUUAAAAAAAAAAUCUAAACUUUAUGUUUGUUUACUACGUACUGUAGCUCUGACUCCUGUAGCCUGCUUUGCAUCUCUGACAUGCUCACCGGCCAUCCACCUCACCCUUCUCUUCCAGAUCCACUUCCUCAUGAUUCUCUCAGCAAACUGGGCCUACCUUAAGGACGCCAGUCACUUGCAUGCCUACCAAGACAUCAAAAUGAAGGAAGAGCGGGAGCUGCAGGACAUCACGUCACGCUCAAAGGAAUGCCUCAAUUCCUACACAUAAGGAUCAAACACGCUCACACUCUCAGUCCACACAAUCACAUGUUAAAACACACAUACACACACACGCACAUGCAGACACUGAGGCCAAACACUGCCGGCCCAUUCUGGACCAAGACGAUGCUCAGCUACAUAACCUGCCACCUGCCUUGACGCUGUGCAGUACUAACCUGGCUCCCUAACAAACUAAUGCAUCAGCUUCCCGCACUAACUUGGGGCUGCUUCUCACAUUCUCAUUUAUGCUGGUUCAUUUACUUUUUAUAUGAAAGGGGAAGAAGUGUUUGAAACUGUGAUAUUUGUGUAGUGUUUGGUUCUCUCCAACCCUUUUAUUGCCAGUGAAAACUGAGACAUUGCACUUUUUUUUUAAAAUGAUGCAAUGAGAAGUUUGCUUUACAGUGUUGCUCUUUUUUUUUCUUUCAAGCUGUGAUGGUUGGUUUUCAAUGAAGGGAAUUUAACAUCUAACUUUUUUAAUCGUUAAUCCAAAUGCAGAUAAAUAUUAAGCUAUGUAAAAGGCCUUACAUCCAAUAUGAGUUAGAAGUCUGUUACUAAUAGAUCAGUUCAUGAUGCACUGACACAUCACUUUUGGUUUAAAGCUCCUGUAAGAAAGUUUUUUUUGUAUUGUGUUGAUUUUGGCACUCUGUGGACAGUGUGGUACACCUUUUGUCUUUGCUGAUCUUGUCCAGUAUAAGAAAAUCCUCCUGCGGUCUUCCAGCAGUCAGAAGUAUCCCCCCCCUGCUGUGAAUCUUUAGUGUUGAAAAUGUCUACAAAGGUUUUUUUUGCUAUAUGCUGUAAAUCACUUUGUGUACAUGGCGGCAGUGAUAAACACUUCAAACACUCUGUAGACGUUAUCAGUCUUGCUGCUGAUGGUCUUGUUGGCUUUUUUAAGCUACAAAGAGGCAUCAGUGUUAUUUUCAGGCUCUCAUAAACUCCUAGAAUAUCCCCACAGGAGCUUAAACUUUACAUAAAGUGGAAAAGUUUAAACGCAAACCAGUUCAAGUAUCUUAAUCCUAGGGAUUAUUCAUGUUUUUAAAUUGGUCCAACAUCCUCAUAUUCAGUGUACGACUCCCUAAAAGUCAUCCGGAUCAUUUAUGGCCUACAUCAACACUACCUCAGAAGUGCACAAGAGCCUAAGGAACAAAACAACAUGUCUUUAGUGUUAAACUCUGGUUUAAAAACUGUAAAAAAACACCCCAUGUGCGAAAUAAUCGAAAAAUAAACCAAACCCACAUACAGGAAGCUUAUUUAGAUUUACAGUAUCAUACGUAUUCAUGUGAAUGCACAAUGCCAGAAGAUUAACCGACUUGCUGAAAGUGAACUGCUGCCAAUAAGGAAAAAUAAGGUAUUCAUUAUCGCAGAUGUUUGGUCCAUUGGUAUUCAUUUCUGCAAAAUCAUUAAGUUUAGUAUUAAAGCACUUGAUUUGUAAAACAUGUGUAACUACAGUAUGUCCCAUGUGCAAUGGUACUAUGGAAAACACAAGUGUGGAAAAAACGCUAGAUAAGGCUUUUUAGUGUUUUCUUACUUUAAGAAUAAACAUGUUUUUUUUUUCUUAAUUUUCUAUAACUGCACCUGUUUUUAUGUGCAAUUGUUACGUUGCUGAAAUAGCUACUCAUGUAAUCUUUUGUUACUAUUAGUUGAGUUACAGGGAUGACUUGAUGUUUCUUUGUGGCGUGAAGACAACUGUUUUCGCAGUGACAAACGUGAUGUUCAGUUGUGUAUACUGGCAUCAGUAGUAGGCAGUGUUUGCCUGUUUCCUUCUUUUUCUAACUGCAUUUAAGAUUAAUCUCUUUUGUUUAGCUCUGUAGUUUUAGGUGUUUCUAGUUCUUUUAUUCAAGUCAGAGCGAUCAGAGUCUGAUAUUGUUUUGUUGCCUGAUAGUAAGCCAGUAUUUUCUAUUUUGAAUGUCAAGGGCUUCCUCUUACAAUACUGAUUCCUAACUUUUAAUUUAACUCUCAUAUAACAUAAGCUGCAACACCAUUUUUAAGAAAAAAAGCAAUCUAAGUGGUAAACUUAGCCAAAGUAUGAAUGCCAUUUGUGGUGUUUAAUACAAUAUCUGGGAAAUGUUGUGGUACAAAUCCUGCAUCGUAGUCAUGAGGAGCGAUCCGAUCUUUGACAAAGGAGGUUUUUGUUGAAUGAACCAAAAAAUAAACAAAGAGUAAAAGCUACCUAAUAAUCACCAGGAGGACAACAAUCUAGCAUCCUGUCUGACUGGAAACCCCCUUUGUGACAUUAUUCAACCGGCCUGUUGACUGUUUUUAUGAAAAUAAAGAAAUGAAACAAACUUC